CCCCCUUUCCCUUUGCUCUAUCCAAUCAGCGCCCACAGCGGCUCACUGAGCACUUCCUGCGCCAGGACCGGAAGCUGACAGUGCCGGUUACAGACUAGGAGCCUGCCACACAUUGACCGGGGUUCACAUCACACGGAGCCGCCAUGAGCACGGGUGAGGGGGAAGGAGGGGGUCGUACUGUGAUUAAUAAAGCGGGGAGAACCCCCCACAUCAUACACAGCCAGUGUCUGCUACUGCUGAGUCAUGGGCGGGGCCUCUGCCUGGGGGCGGGGCUUCUGGACCUGUGCAGCUGACCUCUGGCUGAGCAUCAUGUGAAUGGCAGUCCUCAGAAUCUGAGCUUCCAGGGGCUGGCUGUCCAUCUCUGAUAUUUAUUAUCUAUCACUGCUGUGACCUAGGACUGGCUAAUAUAGCUCAUCAUUAAAAUGCCAUCUCUCACCAAUAACAUGGAUUUGUUUUGAUGUUCUAGAAUGUUUAUAAUACAGGGAUGGACUAGAAGAUAGAAACCCAGCCCUUGCAUGAUAGGAGUUCAAAUUCUGUAAAAUCAAUGGGAUUCUGCCCUUUGACCAUUCAUUCCUUUGUUACAAACUUGCAAAGUGAUGACAUUUGGCUAGUAGCCAGUUUCUAGCAUGAGACUAGUGGCUACAGUGACAAAAGUGGCUUACUCUUUGCAGUUUAUUUCCUUCAGACGUUUCAUAACAAAUUAAAAUGUAACCAGACUGGUUUAUAAAUCGGUGACUGUGCACAUUGAGAUCCUGGAGUUUGAUCUUCACAGAGAUACAGCUUCUGUCUAAACAGGGACACCACAUGCUAUGACUUAUGCACAUUUUAAUACCUUCAUGGGUGAUGAUAUUUCCAGACUGUCAUGGUAGUAAAUAAUCUGCCUAAUUUGAUCUUCAAUAAGUAAAUGCAACCUGCGUCCACCAUCCAGAAGGUGAUUAGCACAAAUGGAAAUAUUCUAAAGAUAUAUCAGCCUCUUUUCUACCAAAUAUUAAAGUAAUCUUCCAUCCCUGUGCCCAAAACAAGUGCAUCCUCUAGGAUAUUAUGUUAUUAGAUGUUGAAGGCUCUACUUACUGAGCUAUCAGGGCUCUCUGUUUGGGCAUUGCAGAGGCUAAGGACACAUUUGUUCUUCUUUCAUUGCCCAUCAAAUAUGUAUAUGUGUCAACAUUAUUUACCAGAAUUACUGCGCCCAAUGUCCAAAUUGAGAUCUAUCUUUGUAAUGUUCCAAUAGAAACUGUGCUAGUAUAUAUAUAUGUAUGUAUAUAAAUAAAACAAUAUAGUGUAAUAAAAUGUUAUUUUUAUAUACUGGCACAAGUUUAUUGGAACCCUACAAAGAUAGUAACAGCAUUCCACUAGAAUGCACUUUUUAGAUGAUUAUAUUUUUAGAUGUGGAACAUUGGAGGGAAAGCCAUACAAGUGUUAAAGCUGCUGUUCAGAAUUGUUAUAUAUUAUAAAAAACUGUGUGUAACUAUUUUUGUGUUUUGUUGUUUUUGUCCUGCAAGUUAUUCACAAUAGUAAUUUUUGAAUGUAUGUUAUUCAAGAUCUUUUAAAACUCUUAAGUUUUUUUUUGUUUUUUUUUUUAUCUGAAAAUAUAAUAUACUUCUUUUCCUAGGUUUAAGCUUAGAGAAGACUGCCUCUUUCAGGAAAAAGCUUAAGUCUGAACCACGAUUCCAACUAGCCCAGAAUGUGGCAACCUGUGCAGAUCCAUUGGAAGUCUGUCUGCAGAGGCAGACUGUGCAGGACAGCGUGCAUGUUUUCCAGCACACAAUCCCUGCUGAAGGCAAGCCAAUCACCAACCAGAAAAACACAGGUAUUUCCUAUAGUAGAAUAUAGUUAUUGCACUGUCUUGUUUUGUGUAUUAUUGAGUAGAUCACUAGACCUAUUACUGUAAUUGUUACAAUAUACCUGACAUGCAAAAGGACGUGACCUUUUAUUUAUACACUGUAAUGGCCGAAUUGCCAGCAAGCAUUCAUUGACAAAUCUAUUUUUUGUCAUGUGUAUCAAUGCAGUGGUCAAAAGUGUCAGAUCUCCACCCCUCCCCCCACCUCCCCUGCCUUCCCCUUCACUAUGGAUUGGUUAGAAGUAACAGUGUCUUACAAGUCAGCAACGAGAGGGACUAGCCUGCUCUAUUGUGAAUUGACUCAGAUACCUUGGUGAUGUAACUGAGACACGAGAGGACAAAGAUACAGGGGAAAACGUGAGGACUAUGUUUAAUGGGAUGGAAGUGCAGUAUUGAGUUGUGAGACAGAGUGAUGGAGAGGGGUUGCACUGUGAUAAAAGGGCUGAAAUACUGAUUGCAAACUGAAGAAAAAGGUAUAGAUUAGUGAAUCUAGAGACAUGGGAUUGGGGUAAGAAACUGUUGUAGCAAACCAUGUGCUAAUAUUAUUGUUUUAGUGUUUAAAUUUCUGUUUUUUUUAUUGGUUUACAGGAAGGUGCUGGAUAUUUUCCUGUCUGAAUGUUAUACGACUUCCUUUUAUGAAAAAAUUCAACAUUGAGGAAUUUGAGUUCAGCCAGUCUUACCUGUUUUUCUGGGACAAGGUAUAUAUUUGUGGAGACUGAUACAUAUUUCUCAGUUUGUCUGGUUUAUGUAGAUUAUAUUUUCAUCUUUUUUAUUUUUUUUUGUAAAUUCUUUAUUUGUCGCUCAGGUGAGUACAAUAUACAUACAUACACCAAAACAGUGCACAUGGGCAUAGAAAUAAGAUGAACAAUUUGAAUAACGAUACAAAUAAUGAGCAUUGGUAUCUUUCGGUUACGUAACAUUUGCAAAUGUCAUAACAGCAAUCAUUGAGAUGCAGGUAGGUUGAACAGCUGUAGGUGAGUGUGCAUUUCUGAAGCUGAAGCCAUAGCAAUAAUGACAAGCUAGUUAGUUAGAAACGAGCGGCUACAUUCUACCCAACUUUAAAAUUCUGCUGUAGAUUUAAGCUUACUGGUCUGACGGAAAAGAUGGGGUAAUAGGUGUAUUACUAAGAAUAUUUGACACGUGGAGCAGGGGAGCAAUUGCGUCAAUGAGUAAUGAUAGUUGGCACAUAGGUUAUGUAACCUAGUAUAGGGAAUGAUUUGCUGUAUUAAUUCUAUUGUAAUGGAAUCCAUAAUUCGGGUUCCAGUUCCUCACAUGUUGCUGUUGCGACAGUGAUUCCCUUAAUCCUAGCGCUAGCCAGGAAUCUCUUAGAGAAAGCUGCCUCGGGGGAGGAUUGCGUAAAAAACGUUGGCUUGACUGGUUCUGUGCGUUCGUGUAUCCCCCUGAUCAGUUGUACGUUAUGCCUGCGUCUAGUCGCCCCAGUCUGUCAUGGGACAGGUGUUAGUUCCCAUCUUCCCAGCAGGUAAUUGUGUCUUGUUUUGAGAACUAGUUCUCUGCUUGUCUGGUCCCGUUCCAUCUCUCUCAGUCAGCUGUUAUAUAAGUCGGUGACUCGUAUCUAUGGGAGCUGCUUCGUGUCGUGGCUAUAUAUCGUUUAGCGACUCGUUCGGGCCCUCCCGACUCUGGCCUCCUCGGGGGCAGGUCAAGCCGCAUCCGCCCAAACCCUCAGAAAAGAAAAAGAAGUUACAUGGAGUUGAUUAGAUGCAGAGGGGAAAAGGAAAGGAGGGGAGGAGGGGGGGGAGGGGUCAGGUGUGGGGGGGGGGGAGAGACAAGAAGGACAGCACGUGUCGGGGUGCGCCGGGUCCUCUCAGACCCCUGGUGUUAUGGUGUGUGCUGCGCCUCCCUAGUUCCGGGACGUGAGAGGUAUAGAUACCAUGGGGUCCAGAUAUCGACGUGCUUGGUGCUUCUUCCUAUUAGUUCUGCGUACCACGCCUCGGCAGUGUGUAUUUCCUCAACUCUCUGUAGCCACUCCGUAACGGUCGGUGGUUGGGUCUGUUUCCAUUUGACUGGUAUAGCUGCUUUCGCUGCGUUAAGCAGGUGCCGUAAUAUCGAUCUCUUGUAUUGGGCUAUCGAGCCUUCUGUGUAAUGCAGUAGGGCCAUUUCUAUGCUAAAGUCCGGCAGAUCUCCUAGAAUUAUCAUCAUUUCCCUUUGUAUGUCCUCCCAAUAUGGCUUGAUUAGCGCGCAAUCCCACCAGAUGUGCCGUAGAGAGCCUGUUUGGGAUUCACACCUCCAACAUGUAUCUGAGGUUCCUCUGAAAAUUCUGUGCAGUAAAGAUGGGGUCCUAUACCAGUGAGAGAUUAGUUUAAAGUUAACCUCUUGAUAUCUGGUGCUUAUGGAGCUCUUGUGCUGCAGGAUUAAUAUCUGUUCCCAUUGUGCCUCAGUGUACGUCCUAGCUGUCAGCUCUUCCCAUUGCCUCUUAAACGCAUUUUUCCGUGUGAGGUCUCCUGUUAUCAAUUGUUGGUAGAUGAGCGAUACCCUACCAUCCGCGCCAGUGUUGGCCACGCAGAUGUUUUCAAACCAAGUCUGUUCUCUGUGAAUCGCUACCCUGUUGGGGAGGUUGAAGUAGAAAUGCCGCAAUUGUGUGUACCGAAAUCUGUGCAUCAGCGUCUGUUGUGUCAUCGUAUUCCAUUCUCGCAGGUUUCGCAGUCCGGUAUUGCUCAGGACCUCGGACAUAGGGAUAUACUCUCCUUCUCCCUCAAUCGGCCAAGCAGAUCGGUGUAGCCCCCCGCCUAUCGCAGUAUUGUGUGUUAUCGGAAUCAAUGGGCUUGGUUGUGGGGAGAGGUGUUGGUUCCGUCUCAAAGAUGACCAUGUCUUCAGUGUUUGUACAAUGGGUGAUGAGUUGCCUAGUUUUGAUGCUGCAUCUGCCGAGCUGUGCCAUGUAUACAUGUGAAGGGCUUUGUUUGUGCUUUCUCUAUCUAGUGCAGCCCACAAUUUGUUUUCAGACGCUACAUGCCAGUCCCUAAUCCGUUGUAAGACCGCGGCCUGGAAGUAUUUGCGUAUAUCGGGUAACGCUAGUCCGCCCCAGUUCUUUGGUAGGCAUAGCUUGUCGUAGCUGAGUCUUGCUCUCUCUCCUUUCCAGACAUAUUUUAUUACUGCCGAUUUAAGAAUUGCGAAAAAUUCUGAUGGUAUGUGCCAGGGAAUGGUGUUAAAGUAGUAAAGCAGCCGUGGUAGGAUAUUCAUUUUAAUCACCGCUAUGCGUCCUUGCCAGGAUAUAUGGUCAUAAUUCCAGUUUUUUAGGUCGAGCAGGAUUGUUCGUAGGAGGGGUACGUAGUUCCUGGUAUAUAGCUCUUUCGGAUUGUUGGGUAUCCAGAUUCCCAGGUAUCGCAUCUGUUCUGAGCACCAGUGAAAGGGAUACUCGCGUGCGAUCCGCUCUCGCACUGCCGUUGGGGUCUGUAUGUUCAGCAGUUCGCAUUUAGUUUGAUUAAGCUUCAGACCUGAUACCUGGCCAUAUAUGUCGAAUUCCUGCAUCAAGAUCGGCAUGGAGUCGACCGGGUUGUCCACGAAGAAAAGCAUAUCAUCUGCAUAUGCUGCUACCUUGUGCUCCUGGUCUCCAUGUUUAAACCCUCGAAUCUCUGGGGUUUGCCGUAUCCUGUCCAAAAAUGGUUCCAAUGAGAGGGCAAAUAGAAGCGGCGACAAUGGGCAGCCCUGUCUGGUUCCGUUGUGGAUGGGAAAGGUGUCUGUGAGCGCACCAUUCACCCUCACUCUGGCACUAGGGUCAGCAUAAAGCGCAGCUAUCCAGGCUAUCAUUCCUCUCCCCAGGCCGACCUUAUGCAGUGUUGCCAUCAUAAAGCUCCAAGUCACCCGGUCAAAUGCCUUUUCAGCGUCCGUGGAGAGCAUCAGUAGUUCCGUCUUCUCUUUAAGCGCCAAUGCCUGUAUUGAGAACGCUCUGAGUGUGCAGUCUCUGGCUUCCCUGCCUGGUAUAAAACCUGUUUGAUCAGGAUGUAUUAGGCGCGGCACGUACGCCUGCAACCUUGUGGCGAUGACCUUGGUGAAGAGUUUCACAUCCGCGUUAAGGAGCGAGAUCGGUCGGUAGCUACUGCAGUUUUCGGGGUUCUUGCCUGGUUUGGGUAUCACAGUGAUUGUGGCUGCUAGAGUUUCUUGGUGGAAUUUAUCGCCCUGUUGGAAUAUUUUCAUAAUCUUCACUUUUUGAAAAUUGUACUACAUUCUUUCACCCCAGUAAACACAUUAGAAAUGCUUACUUGGGUGAGUAGUGUUACAGUAGAGUCUGUCUGCUUCAAACGGUCUCCCCCCUUAUCAGAAAUAGACUAUUAUGCCAUUCCUGUAAUAUGUCAUUUAUCUCAAGAAGUAGUUCCACUUAUAACUUCACAUAAGUGAAACUGCUGUUUUAAUUGAUUUCCGCCGUAUUGCCCGUAGCCUGACAUACUUUGAACUGGGCUAUAUGCAUCUCUCAGCAGAACAACUCGCCAUAGCUCAGCGCUUUCUCCUUAAUGGAAUGGGAAGGGAGAAAGCUCAGCCCGUGUUAUGUUUAUAAUGAGGCUUAAAGUGAAGCUUUAUUUUGCACAGGCAUAAAAGGAAUUUAAAAAUAGUGUAUUAACUUUUAGUUGGCUCUUGGUUUAUGCAAAAUCAAAGAUGUGACACUUCCAGUUUAAUAUUUCAUCUCGUAGCUCUUUCAGUGCUAUAUGCUGGGAGACCAUUCUUUUUCAUAUUUUUUCUUUCCUAAUAUAUUAGAAAAUUGUUUUUUUUGCAACCCUCUAGCCAAGCCCUCAAUUAUAAUUUAUAGAAUAUCCAAACAAGUCAUUCUCUGCUAAAAAGGCCACACUGUGAUAUCCCUGAAUAAGAUUUUCAAAUGAUUUUAUAUUUUUGAUAACAUUUUUGAAAUUACUUUAAUAUUUUGGAGAAAAAAGUUUUAAUAUUUUGAUUAUAUAAUCAAACUAUUAGUUUUUUUAAAAAAUAUUAAAUCAUUUCAAAAAUUGUAUCCAAAAGUCUAAAAUCAUAUUAAAUUGUGGCCUUUUUUAGCAGCGAAUGACCUAUUUGGAUGGGAUAAUUUUUGGGAGGGUGGCUUGCAGGAUGACUGUAUAUUGGCAGCGAGCAAUACCUAGCAAGACUUUCCUCAGCUUUCCUAUGGUGCUAUCUUUGAAACACAGGUACAUGUUCUUUUAUAUUGAGUUAUUUCCUGACCUAUAGAGCAUUCUGUUAGAUACUUUUCCUGAACAUGAGAGAAAAUAUAUAUUGUACUGAGAAAUAUUAUGUUUUUCUCCUAGGUGGAGCGUUGUCAUUAUUUCCUUAAUGCCUACAUCGAAACUGCACUGCUGAAGGAGCCUGUUGAUGGGAGGCUUAUGCAGUUUUUGCUGUCAAAUCCAACCAAUGACGGAGGGCAGUGGGAUAUGCUGGUUAACCUUAUUGGUAAUAAGUUAAAUGCAUGUAGGCUUUUAUAUAGUGACCUGUUUGUGUAGAUGAAAAGAAGUAUCUGCUCACUCACUUUGGUGUUUUCCCAAGUGGUAUUGUUGCAAAUCACAUCUAAUCUCUAGCCGACAAAUCAGUUCUAAAAGAAAAAAAAAAGGAUAUAUAUAUAUAUAUAUAUAUAUCUCUAUCAUCAAUGUAUAAACCCACUCUAAUAAAUUUGAUGGUAUAUUUUAUUUAUAUAGUGUGUUCUUUCUUUUUAUUUUUUUUAUAAUUAAUUUUUUAUUUUACAGUGCUUCAGUAUUUUUUUUUUAUACAUAUCUAUUAUUGUCCAUGUGAUCCUGGGUUUCUGGUUAGUAACCUUUUUAAGGGCACUCUGCUAAUGUAUGUAUAUCUGGUUUUAGCUUUAUUGUAUAUGUUUGGUGUGAGGGUCUAACACAAAGGUGUGUAGCUGCCUAAUUAUAUGUUUUUAGAUUUAAAAUAUUUACUGUACUUUACAGGUGGUGUGGAGUUGUUUACACAUUUUUAUUCCACCAACUAUUUUUAGCAAUUUUAUAUAGCAUCGUUAUUUGUUCUCUAUAUUUACCAAGAGGAACAUAAAGUCUUAGGACUUGUUGACACCAUUUCUACAUUAUUAUUGAUCAUAUAUUAUUUUAUGCUCAAGUUGACUUUUUGACAAGUUUUUUUUGUUUGUUGUAUUUUUAAAAUGUCAUAUAGUGAAAUUGCCUUACUUUUUCUCUUUUCUCUAGAAAAAUAUGGUCUUGUCCCAAAGAAAUGCUUUCCUGAAUCUCACACUUCAGAGGCCUCAAGAAGAAUGAAUGACAUUCUGAACCACAAGGUGAUGUUGUGAUGACAUAAAUGCAAACAUUUUUGGACUUGUGCUAUGCUUUAAAGCCACGUGAUUGGUUCAGCACCCCAGCAGGUUUCUCACAGCAGCCUUGUAGGAUCAUCAAGCUUCAUAAUCUGUGUCUAGUCAAAUGAUUCUCAUAGAGAAACAUUGUGGACAUACAAAGUAUGCACAGCAGUUGCCUUUGAGUGUACUGACAAUCAGUCUGCUUACUUGGUAUCAUGUGACAAGUGUUAUGUAGUGGUUAUGGUGCUCAGUGUCCCAAUAAUAUUGUGUCUUAAAGGGUAUCACCAACAGCAUUAAAACUAUAUUUUUUUGUGCUGUGCACUGCUUUGUUUAUAAAAUAUGCCCCAAAAAUAUUUUUAUUUUCUAUCUAGUGUGACUUAUUAUAUUAAUUUUUAUUUAUGUCCAGUCCCAUAUAAUCAUGGGGGGACUUUGAAUUCUAUGGUUUUACAUAUCAGGACAUAAUAACAAUUUGAAGAUCUUAGCAUCCUCAGAUGAACAACAACACAUGACCUGACAUAUUACACCAUAUCAUGAUAUAGCUAACAAAAAUCAUGCCAAAAUGGAGAAGCCAUGCAUGAUAAACUAGCUACACCUUAUGAUUCAAAAGCUUGUAGAAACAACUUUAGGAGCAAUAACAUGUGGUAAUCGUUUUCUGUACUUUAUCCGUCUCUCACAUUGUUGAGAAGGAAUGUUGGCCCACUCUUCUUUGCAUCAUUGCUUUCAUUAAUACGGGUUUGCUGGCAUUUCUUUAUGUACAGCUCUCUUGGGGUCCUGCCACAUAUCCGUUGGGUUGAGGUCUGGACUUUGACUGGGCCUCUACAACACUUUUUUGCUUUUUCAACCAUUCUGUGGUAGAUCUGCUAGAUUUUGCAAGGAUUGUCAGUUUGUGAUUUAGAAUUAAGAUUUGUUCCGAAGGCAUGCCAAUUUAUUUCUUGGUUGUUGGUAAAUGUGAAUUUAUGUACCCUUGCAAGUUAUAAACUUCAAUUCAGGAACAUUUUGGUAGAACUUGUCCGCUUUGCAAAUUCUGUGAGCUUUGGAGUGGUUAGACUUUUAUUUUUUGGGGGGGAGGAGUGGAUUUAUUCUUGUGGGGAUUGUGCUAGCCCCUGUUUGCACUCAAUGUUUGCUCAACUGGAUCAAUGCAGUUCCUUCAAAUUUCGUUGGUAUCCCAGUGUGCCGGGGACAUUGCAUAGAAUUCUGUAUGUAAAAAGGAAUUAACUUUGUUUUUCCUUUGCAGAUGAGGGAGUAUUGUUUACGUCUGAGAAACAUGGUAGCCAGUGGCAGUACAAAGGAGGAACUUUCAGCAGCUGUUGACACAAUGAUUGAGGAGGUAGGUCAUCUCUAAAUCAAAACUUUGUCAGAACUACUUGUAAUUCAUGUCAUAGGCGCCCAGUGGCAUUAGGCAUCAACAAUUGGCAUAAAUUACAUUUUUGAAAUGUGCUUAUUUAUUCUCAUUAUAUUGUGGUAUCUCUAAAUGUGGUAAGUUACAGAAUGUGUACACUCAAAUAUGUGUGCCUUUUUUAUGCCUAAGGUGGGGAUAGGCAACCUUCGUAACUCCAGAUGUUGUGGACUACAAUUCUCAUAAUGCUUUUAGCCAUAAUGCAGGCAAGGCAUCAGAGAACAUGUUGUCCUCCAUAUCUGGAGUGAUGACAAAGGUUUCAUACACCUGGCCAAAGUGGUGUAUGUAUGUAAUAUUUGUUUUAUUUUACAGAGUUUUUUUUUGUUUCAGCUGUAUGUUUUUAUAUAUGCAUAUAUAGUCCUCAUUAAACUAAUGCCUAGGGUGGCACCAACAGUGGUGGAUUGGAAGGCAGCUUCUCCUUUGAGUUAGGGAUGCCCAUCAGUGCUAAAUCCAAUCUUCAAUGCAGGCAGCAUUGUGCUUUGAGUUGGCUCACAGAAACAAAUACAUUCCUGAAGGUUGUAGUGGGGGAUUUAUGCUCUGGAGGCGGUGUAGUGCUCUGUGCAUGUUGGCUAGAAAGAGACCGAUGUGCUGUAGGAGGAGUAUAGUGCUAUAGAUAUGUUGACUUGAAUAUGGGUAAGUUUGAGUAAGGGGAGGGGUGUAACUAGAAAUCCUAGGCCCUGAGGGCAAAAAUUAACAAAGCCCCUUUUCCCCUUUAAAAAGCAAGGUGUAAAUAAAACUAGAAGCUUAUAGUGUGUUUAACCAUAAAGGCCUCCAAUCAACCCUCACCCCCAAAAUUUGGAGGCCUUUAUGGUCAAACACACUACAGUCUUACUGACAAAUAUAUAUCUAAGGUGUCCUGCUCUCUAACAGUAUGUAAGGUCUGCAUGGAAUGGGCCUGAAUAUCUUGUAAUCUAACUCAAAUUAGAAUUUCUGUUUAGAAUGUUUACUUAAAUAAUUUAGGUUAAUUUAUUAUAAACAGAAAUACUAACUUGAGUUAGAUUGCUAGAACAUGGGACAGGCCAACAGCUUCUUGUUGAUCAAAUUAAACUAUUGCCACUUACUGUAUGCAUUCAUGAUCGCUGUAUAUUAUGUGACAAUAUACUUUUUUGAAUGUAAUUGGAUGAUAAAGCCUAACUCCAUUGUUGUUCUCUAUAUCUAGUUAGAUAGGUCUUGUUCGGACUUCUUAACUGUUCUUCUUCUUUGUAUCUAAACCAAAAAAACAUCUUUCAAUAAAUAUUGUAAAGAAAACAAGACCACGAUGUACAUGUUUGAAUGAUGAUUUCCUCCAAACAAGUCUGGUUGGGGUUGAGCUAUUUGUGGAGAUGUGAGAUCUUUCUGCCAAUUUAGUUGGCUUAGUUUGUUGGGUGUCUUCUAAUAGAGCUGCAGAAACCGGAUGCCACAGCCAUCAUUAUUCUUUGGUGUUAGCCGUCCACCCUUGGCCAAUAACUACAACUAUGUGCAAUGAAAGUUGUACAGAAUUGACAUUGGCUAUCCCAGAACUCUAGUUUUGGGCUGGCUGCUGAUACCCCAGUGAUUCUGCCAGAGGUGGAGUUGCCCUUCCAGUGGCAGAGUGGUUAAACUCUGUAUUUGCAGCAUUGCAAAGCAAAACACUGCACAUACAGAACCCAGGCAUCAUGACCUCUUCAAAUCACUGAAGAGAUCAUGGUGCUUGGCGAAACCCUUUAUUUAAAUUUUUACACCAGUUAUCAAUUUGAAGUGAGGUGUCUGCUUACCCCCUUAAGGACCAAACUUCUGGAAUAAAAAGGAAUCAUGACAUGUUACACAUGUCAUGUCUCCUUAAGGGGUUAAAGACUUACUCCAAACACAAUGAUCACUUCAGUGAUUUGAAGUGGUCAUGGUGCUUGGAGUCUGUAUGCACAAUGUUUUGCUUUGAAACACUGCAUAUUUGGAGUUUAAUCCCUUUUCUGCCGAGGGUGUAACUUCACCUCCAGAAGCAUCAUUAGGUUGUCAUCAGAAAUGCAUUAACUGUCUGAGCGUGGUCAGCUGACACUCUCAGCCAAUGAAUGUCAAUGGCCGAGGAUUCUAUAGAUCUGCAGAAACCAGAGGUUUUUUACUGGACUGCCAGGGAGCAUUGGAUCCCAGCAGGGAUCUAGGUAAGGGGACAGAUGAUUGCUAAGUGUAACCCUUUAACUAAGGCAGUUUUCUGCUCAGGUUUUUUUUUUUUUUUUCUCAACAUCACAAUUUACAUCACUUACCUAAAACUGAAAGUCUCUUAGACUGGACUAUCUUGCAGGACAGUUGUAAGUGUCGGGUUCAGUGGUAUGUUGAAGUCCUACACUUUUAUUUUAUGAAUGAUUUUGCAUUUAUCUGUAUUUUUCCUUGAAUGUCUUAUAAUUUUGUUGUACCUGACUCGCACUUGUAUUUUCUUGUUUUUAUUGAAUUAUUAUUAAUGUAACAGUCUUUGUGGUCUGCUAAGAGAAGGCAGUCCUUGUAUAAUGUGUAAUUAAAAUAAAAAUAAAACCUUGUUUAUUUAUAUAUUUGUUAUCCUAUGCUACUAGCCAGGCCUUUAAAAGUUACUGGCCAGUGCAAGCCAUACCAUUCACCACAGGUGAAUUUCUACUCUCCAUGGCUAUUUUACUUGCCGAUGGCUAGUUGGAAAUUUGAGCACUCUAUAAAUGUUUGUUCCCAUCGUAUCGUGUCAGACUAGUAACCAAUGUGCUUCCAAACUCUGACAAGCAGAGGGCAGUACAGGAAUAGGUAUUUGCUAUACUUAUUUAAUGCAGAAAAGCCACUGAGUUUUUAUUAAAGUAGAAGUUCUAUGAUACAUAGCUAAACUAAGGUUAAAUUCGAAUUGUCUGAUCUGAUAUAAGACAUUUUCAUGAUGUGUUUUUGGAUACAAAAAAAGGCUAGUUUGAAAGAGAGGAUUGUGUGUUCCUUGUAUAGUAACAGUGUAAACAUGUUAGAUCAGUGGCUCCCCUACCAGUCCAGGAUUUAGGGAUUACCCAGUUGUCUAAACAGAGGUGCCCAAAAGGUAGAUCCCCAGAUGUUUUAAAACGGCAACUUCCUUGAUGUUUUGUCAUUCUAAAAGUAUGCAACGCCUCAUGGGAGUUGUAGUUCUACAACAUCUGGGAAUCUACCUUUUGAGGACCUCAGACACAAUUGGGUAAUCCCUGAAUCCUAAAUGGCACGCAUGCCUUGAGGACUGGUUUUGGGAAUCACUGUCAGGUCAUGAGCAUUUAUUUUCAUAUCCAAUUAUAUUAUUCUAAAAAGAUUAUAAAGAUUUCCAAUCCCAUCAGAAGCUGAUUUUACAAACUUAAAAUAACUCUCUGGUCAUUAAAUUAACAACUUCUUUGCAAUUACACAUUUCUAGUAUUGGUGUAUGAUGUCACAUUUAAAUCAGGAGACAAUCAUUCAGGUACAAAGAGCAGUCCAAUAAUAUUGAUCUUAUUUUAUUGUAAUCUAUUCCUUGAAAGGAAUGUAUUAUUUAUUUAUUUUGUGCAGAGUUGUUCAUGGCUUGUAAUAGAUAAUCAUUGACUUAUAAUAAUAAUAAUUCUCUGUAACAAUUUGUUUGGCCAAUCAUGGCAAGAGCUGUGCUGAUGGUCUCCAAUGCUCCUCCAUUAGAACCAGCAGCCUGGAGGAAAUGACAAUCUUUGUUAACCUUCAUAAUCAGGAAGAAAAAUAGACUUCUGGGGUGUUCCCGAGAUGUUUUUAUUUAUUUCAAUAAUAUUAUUUGGGAAUAGAUCUUUUUGUUCAUCACAUUAAUAGUUCUACUUUUAUCAGCCUCAGAGGCACAAAAGACUGCGGUGAAAAUAACCUGAAAUUAAAGAUAUAAUGGAGGGAGUAGAUUUUAGUAGAGGAUGGUUGGUGCAAAUACAGCCAGUAAAAGUUGUUGGCACCGCUGUAAUAACAAAAUGACCUACUGUCUACCCUUUACAAUAGCUGUUGGAAAGAAGUUUUUAUUUUUUUUAAUAGUAGAAUGUUUGGCACAGUACUGAGGAUCAAUCUGUAGAUAUCACCAUGGUGAAAAAUAGUGAUGAGGACAGAGGAAAUGUAUUCUUAGUUACUGGAAAGUUGCUACGGACUGGGAAGGACUUCUUUUUUCCAAUUGUGACUUUGACUUCACCACUUGACCAGGAUUAUGUUCCUAUAUAUCAGGACAUGCUUGGCAUGUGAUUGGUCCAUAGGGGUUAAUAAACAUUUUAAUCAUGGGUACCACAUUUCAGUUGUAAACAAUGUGAUCUAAAUUGGGUUUAUGCUGCUCAUAAUUUUGAUGUUUCUGACUGUGACAAAACCCUGCAUGGAACGUUAUCUUGAGUACCAGAUUUGGUCCCAAGAGCUUUAUAAACUUUGUAUUGCAUCAAAUAUUUCUUGGGAGUUCAUCGGAAGGGAAAAAAAUAUUUAAUCACUUGGAAAAUAUCUAACCAGUACAUUGUAAGCUAGUUUCAAAGUUCUGAUCAGUAACUUUUCCCCCAUGUAUUUAAACACGUUUAUCUACCACCAUUCUUCUGAUACAUAGUCAUGGUGACCAGAAACUUAAUGGGACCAAUACAUUUCCAAGACACAAAAAUAGUUACUUGAUUUAAUUGUCCCUGGCUCUCUCUCAAAUGUCCCCAUCACUAUCCCUAUUCUGUCAUGGCUACACAGGAGUGGCUUCCUAAUGUAGAAUAAGUGGUAUAAAGGCCAUUAUUCGCUACUAAUUCUUCUUGAUCGUUCUGCUGCUUUUCUUCCUCACCCUUUGCUUUACCAUUCUAUCCAAGCUCAUUCCUGGUUCUCUUCCUACCUAUCUAGUCUCCCCUUUAGUGUCUUACUCUGGCUCCUCCCAUACUGUACCUCUCUUGGAGUUCCUCAACGCUGUGUACUGUACUUAAUAUCUUCAUGUACACUGCCUUACCUGAUCACUGUUUAGAAGAAAUAGUAGAUAUAUUCUAUUUUUUGCUGCAUGUUGUCAUUGGGAGUUUAUCUAAGGAGAGUUUGCAAAAGCUGCAGUUCUUAUAACUGCAGCCUCUGCAAUCCCUCUUCUUCGUCAGUAGUGACUUUCCGUAACCUGUAGCCUCUAAACCUGUCCAUGUGCACCUGUGUGUACUGCAUCAGUGUUCAGCGAGUCUGAUGUGAGUCUGUGAGGAGGAAUUUGGGAGAAGGUAGGUGCACUCAAGAAGAGGAGAUGCAAACCUCCACAGGGAGCUAUUUCAUUAUAAAAGUGCAUUUCCCCCCUCUCCCCCCAUAGAAAUCUAUACUUUUAUAAAGUGGAAUUUUAAAUAGAUAGUCAUCACCCAUAAAGUACUUAAACAAGCUAAAGUCCUUUAUGGGAGUGGGUGGUCCUUUGUAAACUAUAGUUCCUGGCUUUGACAAGAAGAAAAAUGCCAGAAGCCUAAUAAAUGCAUUACCCAUCUCACCACUCUAGUAGUAAACUGAACAGAUCCCAUAAAGAAAAUGAAAUAAAAGAUUGUUUUGGCUUCAUCUGCAGUAUUACCCCACUGCCUAUGGAAUUGUCAGGUACGGUUUUCUCCUAUAUCGUUAAACAUGUCAUUCUUACAGGCUUUCCCGAGGAUAUAUCGUGAAAGUGAGCAGAGAUCUGUCCACGCUAAUGUAAAGAAUGUACAUAGCAUACAACCUGCUUAUUUUUACAACACCUGGCCUCUCUCUGCUUGGCAACCAGGAAGAAUUGUCAAGUGAAAAACCUGUGCUCAUCUGCUGGGUAGGCUAGGCUUUUGGGUUAAACUGGGGCAUUCUCUCUUCACCAGGGUCACACAGUCUGUAGCUUUAUUUACACUCUUGUGAUCCUGCCUAGUAAUCAUCUGCUGCUUAUUCACACAUCACGUGACCAUGAUAGUUGUGACCAACUUGCAUGAACUGGGGUGAUUUGUAAUAAAACAUUAUUAUUUUUUUUUUAUAUAUAUAUAUAUAUAUAUAUAUAUAUAUAUAUAUAUAUAUAUAUAUAUAUAUAUAUAUAUAUAUAUAUAUAUAUAUAAAAUAAGGAUUUAGAAUGUACAGAAAAUCUGUUUGUAUAAGACACAUGAUGAAUGCUUGAAGAAACUUACUAUUUUUGGGAGCAGAACCUAGCAGUGCACCAGCAAAGACGCCAUUUUCCUCAGCCCCAAACUUCACGAUAAUUAUCUUGCUUAUCAAUGUUAAUUGUUUUAUACAUGACUGAUGAAACUCUGUUAUUACAUAUUCCACAUCAUGACUUGUGUCACCUGACAAACAAGAAGCUAUAUUUUUACUAACUGUUUCCAUUUAAACAUAACGUAUUUGUACACAUUCCCACUCUAUCCCAUACCUUGAAGCAACCCAAGGAUCACUGUUAGUACUUUGGGGGUAUUUUUCUAUUCUUUUAAUGCACAAUUGCAAUAACACAUUAAUAAACUGAAAAGAUUACAUUUUUAGGUGGAUGCAAAAAGUACCCAUGCAUUUCCCUGCAGCUCUGUAUUGUCUGUUUGGAUUUAUCAUCCGAUCCACAUUUUUCAUUGUUUUCAGUAGAUUUGCUAUAUGUAAUAGUCUUCCAAAUAGCAUAGGUGUAUAAUAAUAAUAAUAAAAAAAUUUACAUCUGGGAUAUGAUCGUUUCAACCUCUCAGGGUCUUUCUCAAGAUCAAUGAAAGGUGUUACAGUGCAAAAAUUUAUAUAGAUAAUAAGUGACUUACCGAUGAGGUGAGGACAGCUCUCAGCACCGAGUGGAACCCAGAAGUGCAUGGAGAGGUCAUGUGAUGUACAAACAUAUGCGUAAUUACGUGACCAGGCAAGUGUCAGUGGUAGUUAGGUGACUUGUGUAUACAAAUGGAACAGCAAUCAUGAACUACAUGCAGGGACAGAAUAGUCUGCAAUAAACAAUAAAUACAACUAGGGCCCAGCGCAAUCAGAGUGUGCAAAGUAAAGGUGGUAUAUGAGUGAGUUGUGUGUGCAUAAAAAUAAAUAAGUGAUGUAAACAAAGUGUAAUCAUAAGUGAACACAAAUCGUAAGUGUGUCUAAAACACUGUGACAGUGCUGGGGAGAUAUAUAUAUAUAUAUAUAUAUUAAAAUCCAAACAGGUUAUGGUGGGGAAAAAUUGUGAUUGAAAACCCCUUCCACCUGAAGUAUGUGGAUAGUUAAUACAAUGCUAAACAAAAAUCUGCACACCAGUCAAGCCAUAAGACUUGCUUUUCCCACAGAAAUCCCAAAUCAGCAGUGAUGUAACAACCGCAAAGGAUUCUGGGUGGGCAUAUGCAAAUUAGUUAUAUAUAUUAUACAACAUAAGUUAUUAUGCACACAUACAAUUAAUGUGUGCAUAAUAAAAUAAACAUUUAAAUAAACUUAGAGCCAAAUGGAUACACAAAAUGUACACAAACCAUAUACAUUUAUAUGUGUGUGUGUGUGUGUGUGUGUAUAUUUAUUUAUUUAUUUAUUUAUUUAUUUAUUACAUAUGAAUACCAAAGACUAAAUGUUUUAACCAGAUCCAAAUGGAUAGAUAUAAACUCAAGGAAUCCUUUUUAUAAAUAAACCAAAAAAAUAUCCGAACUGGCAACAGACUAAAUUUAUCAGCCAGGCGAAGGAUAAAAACAAAGGAAAAAGUAUAAGUGUUCAAACAAUAUGAUGAGAGUACUCUAGGAAUAAACAUAACCUAUUUUAUACCAUACAAAUGUCUGGACAUAAGCCUCAAAAAUAGAUAAGAGAAAACUAUGAAAAAAGAAAUACUAAGCAAAAAACACUAGGUAAGAAAAACAUUGCAGCCAUACAUCAGACAUAGAGUAAAUCAAAUUUUCAUUAAGUCCUUUGAGGGCCACCGUGUCCAAGCGCUGGAUGCAAUUCGCUUACAUUGUAGUAGGAUUUUAGACAUAUCCCCUCCACGAGAUAGUGGGGGGAACCUGGUAAAUGGCCCUGAGUCUAAGGUUAGGCAAACGAUGUUCGCCACAUGUUUGUCAGUUCGUUGAUCUCCAAAAACUGUGAUAAUCCCUGAACAGUGCCCCCUAAUGCGGCCCCUAAGUGUAAGGUUGGUAUUACCCACUUACGAAAGUCCACAAGGAUCAUAUAAAUGAUGUUGUCGUGGUCCAUGUAAUGUACUGUUGUAUAGGGAUCAGUUUCCACUGUGUGGAUGUGCAAAUGAGGACCCACUCAUCAUGAUCUGUGCUACAAUGUAAUUACAGGACCCUCCAUUGUGACUUGCUAAAAGAACUAAACUGUCUGUCACUGGAAUCCAGCCCACCCUUCAUCUUUCCAGCCUUGUGUUUAAGAGCUUUUCUGGUAAGCUCCCAUCCUACCUGAGCAGAAUGCUCUUCCUGGCUGUUCUCACCUCCUAUAAUUUAGUCUGCCUCAAUACAAAAAGAAAGCGGCCCGAUCCUCCUUUUCUUACAGAGCACUGCAGUUAUGGAACGACCUCCCGCACACUUUUAAAUCUUCCCCAAGCCUAAAGUCCUUUAAGAGAUCCCUCUCUACAUAUCUCAAAACAUAAUGCACCUGUCAUGGUUGAUUAUAUAUUUCCUAUCUCUUCUAUGUUAAAUUUUGUUUAGUGUAUUUAUAUUGUUUUUGUAUUUUAUUGUACCCUAUUGUAUAAAUGCAAUGUUUUGUGGACCCAGGAUAUACUUGAAAAUGAGAGAAAUCUCAAUGUAUCUUUCCUGGUAAAAUAUUUGAUAAAUAAAUAUGACUACACAUGAUGCAGCCACUGCACUUGAAACAUCCUUUCUUGACCACGAUGGGCAUUUUUUUUGUAACAAUGGACUGGAUCACUUCGUACUAGCUGGACUUGGAGAUUUUUGUUUCUUUUGUAGUUUACAAUGGGAUAUUCCAAAAACACUGGUGGUACAUUUUUAUCCAAACUUAAAAUGUCCCAAUGUUUAUGAAUAGAUUGUCUAAUCUUCAUUGUUCCAGUGUGAAAAGCCAUUGGUAGAAACAUCUUUUUCAGCUGGAUAUUAUUUGUCUCUGUCUUUUGGUUCUCCUGGGACCACAGUUCUGUAGUUUGGUUUUGGUCAUCGCCAGGAUUUGAGGAUCUUCGAGCAAGGAACCUAUUCCACAUAUCUUGUACUUGUGAUUCUCGAGUGAUAGUUUCACUAUUGUACCUCAAAACCCUCAAACUGUGAUAUAGGCAAAGAGGUGUUCUGGAUUAAGACUGGAGGCCAAAAGAAAGGUGUUAUGGUCUGUUUGCUUCCGGUGCAAUCUAUACCUCAAUUCGCCUUGGGUCUCAAAGAGUCACAUACAAAAUUGUAUAGAUGACUGAUGCCAAACAAGUUUCAAAUUAACAGGAAGUGGGGACUGAUUGACUUUGUCUACCAUCUGACCCAAUUCUACAGCAGUCCCACACAAGAUGAGGAAGAUGUCAUCCACGAAUCAUAGUUGUUCCAAUGUCUUCACUUUGUACUUGAUGUAUUUUUGUUAAUCCAAUACAUAAAGGCAUUCACAUAUGAGGGUGCCAUCACCCUCCUCUACUGCUUGUUUUAGAUAGAAGUUGUUUUCAAACAGAAAUUCUAUGAGAGAGUCAUUCGGGGGACCUAUGUCUGAAGUAGAGGAGCAUAAAAUCUCCUUAAGAGCCUAAAGUGAUUAGUAGUGUUUCCUCAUCAUCCAGGGUUAUUGUACAAAUAUGUUUAAGAAAAUCCAGAGUGUCUUUCAAGCAUGUGGGUAGGGAUAUCACCCAGUCUUUGAUGACAAAAAUUGACAUAUUUGGCAAAUGGUUCAAUUAGACCCUCUCUUGCUGACACAAUCUGUCUUCCUGGGAGAUUGUUCAUGUCUGUAUGUAUUUUAGGGAGUGUGUACAGGACCAGGUGUUUCAGAUUUGGUACGUGCAAAAAUGUUGCAAUCUUAUCAUCCACAUGCCCCAGGUCAAUGUGCACCUGUUUCUAAAAAACCCCCAUAGAUUUUAGAGGUAUUAUCUUCAUCCUUCAGCAUCUGACGCUAAUUCACCUGAGCUUUGGUGGUUUCAGUGCCGCCGAGUCAACCGAAAACUUGAUAUUUAUAGUCCUGACUGACUUUGUCAAGUCUUUCUUUUUUUGUCUUUCAAAACGUUCUAGGUCGGGGGGGAGGGGCCUAAUCAGCAUGGCGACUGGAUGUGUUUCUAGGGAGCGCCCUGAGACACACUGUACAAAAUCGAAAUUCGGUACCAAUACAGCAACUAUUUCUAAGCCUGACACUUACUCUUCGUAUUACGACGUGACAGAAAGAUCAGGGACCGUGCCCGGCAGUCCUUUCGAGCACUUUAGUGGCCAAAGCAAAAUGAGGACUAGCAGGCGCUUUGGAGGGGAGAGGCGGCCACUCUCCCGGACAGGCGCAGGCAUAGCCCCAAGCGUGAUAUUGAUGCCCUGCUGCCCCCCCCCCCUUUUGGACCAGUGGGGGUGAUCCCGGUCCCCACCCUGGCGGCUGCCAACACUUAGCAUGGACUUGUGGCGUUGCACUAUACGCCGAAGAUAUCGCCAGAGAUGUAUGUAUAAUGGCGGGUGCCACGGGACACCUGGAGUCACAUGAAGAGACAUCCACUCUUCACCACCACCUGGAAGCACUCUUUGCUGCUUUCUGGAAAAAGCUGGAGAGUAAGUUGACCCUACCUGCACCGCAGCCCUGAGUGGCUCCCUCCAAACUGAUUAGACACACCCCAUAUCAUCUGGCUACUGCCAUCAAGGUCCCAACGCGACAGAGACGGUGAAGGCCGCAUCGGCGACACCUCAGAAAAGCAGCUGCGAAUACGGCGGAAUGCCGACGAACCUGCUAGCACUGCACCCUCAGAAGACAUGUGGGAGGUGAAUCAAGAAAGGGGGGAAGCAAAUGCAGAACCGGAACCCGCAGCUGACUCCAUUGGCUCCGAGGAAGGAGGCCCAUACGAUGUGGGACUAUGAGUUCCCUGUACUGGGGAUCGGCUGACCGCCAUGUUUGAGCUGCAGGUUAUGCUCCUUUCCACUGUUUACUACAUGGUCCCUCUUGCCCAGUAACAGAUCUACACUAUUUCCCUUUCUCUUCCUUGCCCAUACCAUAUGUUUAUAUCUAUAUUAUAUACAGGUUGUUAAGGAUGUCUCCAAUAUGUCCCAGAACAGUCUGGGGUGGUAUACUAAGCGGUUGCCCUAUUCCACCCAUGUCUUCUCUACAGUUUUAUUUCAAAGCAGAUAUCAAUUGAAUCUAGACAUGUGUAACUAGCCUGUUCUAUUACAUAAUAUUAAUUGUGCAGAAAUUUUUAAGCCACAUACUCAUUGCAUACUAUAUGCUCUCCUUGCUUGCUGUUGUGGCACUGUAAGACUGUCUGUAUUUGCCUCUAUGCACAACAAAAAAUAAAGCAUUUAAAAAAACAACAAAAAAAACUUAUCAGUUCAUUCUGAUAUUUAUUAAUGCCAUCUUUAUUAAUUGUAUUGUGAAUGCAUUAGAUGCUUCAAAUUCUUGAAAAGAAAAAAGUUCCUUGUUGACUUCCUCCACUACCAUGACCAUCCAGUCUAAACAUUUAUUUGCAAUAUUCAUCCAGCGCGUGCAAAACUUUGAGUUUUGACGUCCUAAUGUGGGUGCAUUUUUCACCCUAAAAUCUCUUGGAAUUUUCUUAGCUCUAUAGUAGUCAGAGAUGAAUACUCCAUGAAGAUACAAAUCUGUUAUCAGUUUUUUUCAACUUUAGUAGAUCGUUAUAUAAAUCUUUAGCAGUAUUAGUGUGACAAAAGUCCUUUGGGGUCUGUGGCCCUAGGACAGUCAGGGUUUGUUCCUCUGAGAUGGAGAGCUAUUCAGCUGUUUCAUCCAGAGCACCAGAUCUAGACAAAAACAUCCUCCAUGGUACACUGAUCUGAAGUUAUCGCACAGCUAACUGGGUUUUUGAGAUAAUGUUCUAUUUUGUAACUCUUACUGUAUUAACAACAGAGAGGUGGGGGGAGGGAGAAGUAAGUUUUGGAAAAUCUGCAUAACGAUUGCCAUAAAGAUUGUAGAUCCAACAAACAUAUUUUCCAUUCUACCCUAUGCUUGCUUUUACCUUGUAACUGACCGUUCUCUAUUGUUGAUAUUUAUGUCUACAUAUACCAAAACAAAAAAUUAAAGAUUGUCAAAAAAAAAACAACCUCAAUGGUAGUCCAUAGAAAAACAGUUCACGUUGUUGCCAAUAAGGCUCACUCUAGGGGUGCACAAGUAGGUUUAACACUCCACCUAAUAUUGGAUAUAUGUAAAGAAGCUCGGCACUCCACUUAAAAAAAUUCUAUAAAUUCUGUCUGGGUGCCACGCGCAUUAAAUCUAUAAAAAACGGCAAAAUAGCAACGGGUGCACUCCUAAAAUUAUAUAAAUUUUUGUAAGGGGAGUGCAGAAUAUUGUAGAUAUUAGUCCAAUUUUUUUAUUUUUUAUUAUUAGACUAACAGAAUUCUGGAAUGAGAAUCUUUUAGGGGAACCUCCCUUUCUCCAGUCUAAAGCAUUACCCAAAGACCAGUUAAUGGUCUUUACAAUGCAGAAUAAUAUCAUGUAUUAAUCCAAAUUUCACAUACAGGUCAAUGUUUCAAUCCUCACUUGGUUUCCAGACCAUGUAUACACCGAACAAUAACGUUUAAAUAACCCAAAAAAAGGAAAGCAAAGCAUUGUGAAUAGACAUCACACCCCACGAGCUCGAAAAAGGUGUCCGUGUCCAAAAUUCACCAAAUGCUGAGCAAUAGAGUGCAAACAUAAAGUGAAUACUCUGUGAUAGAAUACUUAAGGUACACCCAUCUAGAAAGUGUUAGAUUACAAAGGUAUCAAAAAUGAACAGAAACCCAUAAAAGAGGGCUACAGCAUAUGUGAACAUUAAUUUAAAAUAUCAGUGAUACUAGGGUGGCGGAGCCAAGCAGUCCAGAAGUGUUCAGAGCAAGCUCCCAUGCCUAUCACACCCAGCCACAAACACCCACAAGCAGCAAACCGGUAACCGGGAGAGGCUGCCGCAUCGAACGAUACCUCUCUUGAGCCACUGCACACUCGCCCGUACACGCCGAGGCUUGCGGCCUACGAGACUCAACCACGGAGAGACGGCUGCUCUCCAGGCGAAUUAACAAGUCUGGGACCCCGGUGACAUCCUUCCCUCCCCCUCACCCCCCAGGACCAGCGGGGGUCAUCCCUGUCCAUAAAUAGCAGCCUCACUCACCCUUCUGUCAACGGGCUGCUGACAUCGCGUGAGACCGAGAAGCAACCCCAUCGCUCAGAGGACUACAACGCCCCGCUCUACUCCAGCCUUGGACAAUGCACGUAAGCUAGCUACUAUUAUAGCCAUAUGGGCAUGGAGACCCACACGCAGCCUAUACGCAGCCCCAGCGGCUAUGCAGAUCGGAAGUCGGCUGACCUCGAACUACUCUGCGGACAGAAGCCAAAAUUUCACCCGAGCACGGGAGAUCACUUCUGCAAUACGGCAUGGACUUUCAGUCUCUUAAAAUUAUGUUGACCUGUUGUCCCCUUUUGAUAUAAUUUUGACUAAUCACACACUCAAGGUUAGAUUUCAAGCAACUUCAUAUUAACAUGCAAGUGUGUUUAGGUACUGACGGCCAGGCUUAACCUGUUUUAUAGCGACAUUACCCUGUACAUAAAUCCCCACGUUUGGCCAGCCGGUCUGUCCCACCAAACACACGUGCCCCAGCCUAGACAGGUCGAACUAGACAGCUCCUGCUCACUGUAUCCCUUACCUUAACAUGACUAAUCACACUAAGUACCUAUCUCUUAUCAGUAAGAGGAUAUGCCAUAUUUGACAAUUACUCUACCAUUGCUACUUUUAUUUUUCACCAGUGUAAUUGCAAAUAUAUACCAUAAAAUGGAAACAGGACCGAUCUUGCUAAAUCUCAUAUUAAUAUAAAACUGUGCAAGUAUCAACAUGUACCCCACUGUUACAAUUGUUCCUGAAAAAGGAUGUGGAUUGCCGUUCGGGUGCCACAUGUGAGUUAUGUUACAUAUUUGCACUGCAAAAAUAAAGAAUUAAUAAAAUAUCAGUGAUACUGAAACUUUCCAUCUGUAUGGUUUGUAUUAAUAAAAUGUUUUUUCUGCACUGUAAAGACCAGUGAAUGCGCCCCUAUUUGAUAGAUGGAAUAUUGUAUAUACAUAAUCUGUGGUACACGCACUCUCAAAGAAAACCUGUUUCUUAGGCAAAAUGGAAACAGCUGCCCUCUUUGAUGGAUAUAAGGGUGGGAACAUACCACUGUAAUGCAAGGAAUUUAUUCCUCCAUAAUAAGUUAAGUAGUUAUGACACUUGGAGUGCCAAUAUAAUAGUCUGUGGAUUCCUAAUAAUAUGUGGGCUAUAUGCACUGUGCCACCCAAUUAUAUAUGUUUAGUCUCUGCACAUGUUUUCAUAUACUAGAGGAAAGACUUUAGGUAUGCUAAAUGAUUAGGGCGUAAUUUAGACACACUCCCAAGAUCCCAAUCUGCUGCCUGUAGCUGAAAGAAACAGCAGUUUGUUGUCUAGUAAGUUCAUCCUCUGCCCAUGUGCCCUUAAUAACACAAUAUUUAUUGACUGUAAUCUCAGAACGCCAGCAUCCUGUUCUGCAGAGCUUCAAGCUAGUCACAUGCACCCUGCAAUAUCUGGAUUUACAUUCCCCGUUACUCUGUUUACAAAAACAGUAGGGCAUUAACUUCCCCUUUAGAUCUCUGAUAGCCCAUCAAGGGGCUUUCACACGCAUUUAUAAUUACAUUAUUUUAAUUUUGUUAAAAAUAUUUGCUGCUUAUUCGGUUUUACGUGUGCAUUGUACCGUGCAGGAUUACAGAAUUGGCACAAAGAUUAUACUUUAACAGGAACAGCCUGAGUCUUUUUGAAAGAUUGGAAUCUUCUCCGUUGGUUACUGUCUUGCAAAACGAUAUCAGAAUACACCAAAUUACCUUAAGUGGUAAAGAAAAUCAGAAGAUUUAUGAUAGAACAUAAGGUGUAUUGUCAAUCCCUGCCAGCCCCUGUUACACAAGGUGAUAUUAUGUUAGUUUCCCCAUUGCUUAAUUAUAAAAUGCAAUCUGAAGGCACUUCCCUUCGUAGUCUGCAGACACCUGUAAGCACAUGAUUAAACGUCUAAAUUUAAAAUACAAGUGAAAUCACAAUCAAGCAUAUAUAAAGCUUAUUAUGUAAAUAUUUAGAACAGUUACUUACUCUUUAAUGGCAGUAGCCUAGUAAGGCUCCUUUGGAUUUUUAUUUUAUUUUGUGGUUUUUGUGGAUGUUUAGAAUCCCAAUUUGAAUGCGGAGACUGGGAGAGAGAUGAGGUUUUGGCGUUGUUCCUGGAAAUAUUGUACUUUUUAUUGGAUUUUGAACCACAAUCUCAUGCAGUUGUUUGGUGAUAUAACUUGGUGUUGAGACAUUAACACACAGGGAGAUGAACCCAGGAUAAGUGGAUAUUUAUGAAACCUAACACACAAAGUAUGCCAUCUUUGAUAUCUCCAAAACUAUUAAAGCAAAUUCUGAGAAGCAAAAAUCUAAAUCUCAGACGUACCAGAACCAGUUUAAAAAAAAAAAAAAAAAGCCUGCUUACUCAGACAGGGAUGUAUGUUCUAAAACAUUAAAGAUAUAAACUGCUCCAAAUGUGUAUAUUGAUGGCUGUUUUAAUUCAUUCCAUUUCAUUACCAGGUGUACAGAGUGGUUAGUGUCUGCUUAGGAAGUCCUCCAGACACAUUCACUUGGGAGUUUCGAGACAAGGAGAAGAUCUUUCACAAGAUUGGACCAGUGACCCCGCAGGAAUUCUACAGGGAGCAUGUUAAACCUAUUUACAACAUGGAAGACAAGGCGAGUUGGUUCCACUAGCCUCACUAACAGUACUUUUAAUUUGCAAUAUGCCUGGCAAUAUGGGUGAAAUAUAGAUUUUUUUUAAAAAUUUUUAAAAAACCUAUUAUUGAAUGUUUCCUAAUUAACGAACCACAAGAAUUAUGAAUCUAUGUAUUAUUGAUCCAUAUAUUGUGACUUAUGUUGAGUUAGAGAAUCCUAGCUUUUGCCUUAUUUUUUUUUUUUAUUGUGUUGCAAUACAUGUGGCAUUGUUAGAACUAAUAUGGCUUGUUGUCACUUUAAAGAACAUCCAUUUCCAUCUGUACAUUGUUCAAGCCAAGUACUCAAACAAUAUCCUGUAAUUCCUGGUAUGCUUGUUAUAUUAUUGUGGAGAGAUGCCUACAUGUUAGAUGUAUAUAUCUUUUAAUAUCAUUUGCUGAUGAUUUCAAAGUUUAACUUAUUCAAACAAUAUGUGAUGGGUGGGUUCAGCUGAAGCAUCCAGGGUUGAAAUUUCUAGGAAUCAACUGCUGUAGACAUGGUUAUCUCUUUCCCACGCAAUAUCUUUAUUGUUGUUUUCGAUAGUGAUUAAGAGAGAAAAAAAACUUCAGUUUGCAGUUUCAAAAAGUUGUCUGUUUAAUAUCAGUGUGUGAAUGCAAUCAAAUAUGUGUCUCGGGAGGAUCAGCCAACUGUUUAUGCAUUAUAGAACCAGCGCAACAAAAUAACAAAGUAAAUUUAAUGUUAAAAAAUUGGUGGUGGGGGCACAACAUUGAAAGAACGUUCUAGAUAGUCACAGGCCAAUAUUAAAACCUUAAAUGGGCACUAAAGUCACCAGUUUGUGUAAACAUAGUUUUUUCAGAGAAAAUGCAGUGUUUACAUUACAGCCUAGGGAUACUUCAUCUGGCCACUCUUCAGAUGGCUACUAGAGGUGCUUCCUGGAGCAGUGCUGCCAUUUAGUGUCUCCACCCUCUGCGUGCAUCCACUGAACUUUCCUCAUAGAGAUGCACUGAUUCUUUACAUAAUAUAGAAAUAGAAGCAACUCUCUGUAACAAACUCCCCAGAUUUUCUACAUGUUACAGGUACAAGAUGAGGUCUGCCUACCUUUAACAUUUGUCAUGUGACACUGAUAAGAGCUGCAGUCAUAUGCAGCAAAAUUUGUCUCUUUCUCAGUCUUCCUGCCUACCUGGUCCUAGAUUUCCCCAGCAUGCAUCGCCACUUAAGGUAGAAACUACAUUAUACAGUAAAGGCUUUCUCCCUAUCUACUCUGUGCCUUGUUUUAUGAUAUGGAUGAGAGUACAGAUCUAGAUCAAUACGUUUUCUCAUUAUUUUGCCACCUUCCUGCACUUGUCAUGCUACAGUUUGUUACAGGAUGAAUCCACACCAAUCUGCCUGCCACACGUGUCACAUGAUGUACUGUAUGCAACAUGUCUCCUUUUAAUUGCAUGUUAAAUAUAUUUUGAUUUUUGCUUCCCUAAAUGUUUUCUAGUUUACAGUUUAAAACACCAUUAAGCUGGUAAAUAUUUUGUUGCUCCUAUAACAGGAUUAAAAAUCGAAAUGCAAUUUAAGACGUAAUCCAUUGAUUCCCGCACAUUUGUAUCUAUACAGAUAGCAUCCCUUCUUAUAACUGACAUUUGAUAAAAAUGUAGAGCUUAAAAGAGAGAAGAAACUUCCUUACAUCUAUCCAUCCAGUUCCCCUUUCCGGUUUCAGUAAAUGUAAUCAGUCUUCCUGCUUACCAGAUUAAAACAAUAUCCCACCCACCCAGUCACUUCCCAUUCAGCUGUUUGUUCAACAGUCUAUCUUGUAAGUCCAUCGCUCUGACCCAUGAAAAGUCCUGCAGGUUUGUCACGGAACAUGCUCUAUACAUUUUGAUGUCUCUCAAUUUCAACUUAAAUGGUGUGGCAUUGUUGCAAAGGAAACAGAACUAAAUGUAUGUAGUACUGCAUUGAAAAUCUACAUAUUGGCAUUCCUUUCUGCAUUCCAUUCCUUUCUCCAAAAUUUUAAUGGUGUUUGCAAAUGUAUUUAUUUUUUUAGUAGAGUAAACCUGCUUUGGCAAGGUUAAAGGUAGUUUUAUUUAAAGCCUACCUGUCUGAUAAUUUUUUGAUUUUUACACACAGUUCACACCGAAUGCAACAUGAAAACAAGUGUUAAAGGCACACUACCUGCUUUAAAUCUAGUUUACAAACAACUUCUUAAAAUAAAAACCCAAAUAAACUGAGGUGCCCCAAGUGCCCCUCUAGAGAAGCCUCCACUGCAGUAUUACUUCUCAAUGUAUUUGAGGCAGAGCAGUUCAUUACAAAAUGAGAUGGUCUAUUUUUCGACAUGGUCAGUUCUAGUAAAGCCUUUCACUUAGACAUGUGCAAUUUGUUUUGUUCCGAAUGUACAUUCGUACAAGUUUCAUGCCAUUCGGAUGCUUACGAAUGUCCGAAGUGUUGAAGUUCGGAAGCUCCAAAGUGCAGAAGUGAUUCGGAUUUCUGAAAAAUGGCAAAACAAGAGAAAGGGAGGGAAAAUUACGUGAGUGACGACUGGAAUCUUGACCAAUAAGCUAAUUCCUUUUCUGCAGUGUAAUGCUUGCUUGCCCAAUUAGGUUUCACUAUUCCCUGUCCAAUGAAAUGAGAUAGAAAUGUGCAAUUCAUUUCGUUCUGAAUGUACAUUCAUAUGAAUUUCAUGCCAUUCGGAUGCUUACGAAUAUCCGAAGCUCCGGAGUGACUACGUUUGGCAGUGCCAAACUGAACCGAAUGCUAUUGGUCCGAAUUGCCGAAGCAGACAAUUUUUUUUUACUUACCUGAAUUUGAGAACCAAACCCAAUUUUUUUUUUUUACUCAUGCACAUCCCUAAAUGGGUAAGUUAUGUCGUAAUAAAAAAUUACGAAUUGUGUUCAAGAUUUGCUAUAUUGUAACUAUGUUGUAAUGUUUCCUGAAAUAUCCUACUUAAUUAAUGUACUGUCUGUGGACAUGUACAAUGAUAUUGGUAAAAGACCCCGUUUAUAAGGACACCUAAAAAAAUCUUAAUUAAAUAACUGCCAGCCUGGAAGAGAAGGUCUUUGAAUAUUGCUUGAAAAUGGAAAACCUCUUUAUAAAUAAAAAAAUAUAUAUUUUACGUCAACAAUGCCUUGGUCCUGUACACUAAAAGUUCCUACUACCCACCUGGGUUUGUUUUAUGAGCAUCAUGGUCGGUAUAGCUUAAAGCACCUUUGACUGACUAGAAUCCUGAAAAAGGUUUUCAGACAUGGUGUGAAUAUAGCCCUAUAGCAAUGGCUUCUCAUCUUUGAAUAUUCACAAAAGAGAAACUUGUCCCAAAUUGUAAACAAAGCCAGAUCUCACAAUCUCAGUUGCUGGUAUGUCUAAUGCAAAAUGCAUUGAAAGUCUCCUGACCUCUUGAACCAGGUCCAUGUUAAUGACUAGUCCAACCUGGACCGUUCAGGAAAACAUGGGACUGCUUGGUAAAUGGUAUAUCCCAACCGGCUGACUUGGCAAAUUGAAAUGUUCUGUCAACUUUUAGCUGAACAAAGCUUAAAGGGACCCUCCACUUCCUAAAUUUACAAAAUCACUGUUUAGUAGAUAUAGACACAUAGAAACAUAGAAUGUGACAGCAGAUAAGAACCAUUCGGCCCAUCUAGUCUGCCCAAUAAUAUACCCCAAAUGAAAACUUUCAUGCAUUUAAUUAUGCAGUUUUUCAUUGGGGUUAUAUUUAAAAACAUUUUGCAGAAGCUGCAGAUCUAUUGUAUACAGAGCCUUUAGAAGCCCUCCCCUUCUUCCCCAUCCAGUCUUUCUGUGGCUGUCCAAUCACAGAUUUUUCAAAGGUGGUUCAAUGAAAAUUCUUUGCAAAGUAGGUACUUUCCGCAUUAAUCUCCACUGAACUUAAAUAUAAUGCAGUAACCGGACCAGUUGCCUCCUCGAAAGCCAGUGUUGGGGAGUGUAAUAAUUUCUAAAAGUUCCAAUUUAUAUUGACAUCUGCCUAAAAUUUAAAAAAUAGAACACACUCUUCACACCUAAAUCAUCUCCGCACGCUAAAGUGCUUUAGGGGUUUGGAGUAUCCUUUUAAGCAAGUAUGAACCACUUAAGCAUAUCCAGUGAAGCUGAUCAUGACUUCAACAUUGACAAAAAUACCCUGAACAGAAAAGUGUUUUGCUAAGUGGGGAAAAAAAAGUCAAUUUUCUAGCGCUUUGUUUCUUUUCAUGUUUUGUUUUUGGAGUUUUCUUUUUUUUUAUCCAAAGCAGGGGUAUACAUAAUAAAGGUGCAGACCUCAGCAUGUAAAUGUUAUAUACAGUUCUGUACUCAGGGUUGCUGAGGCUGAUUAUAACAGUUAAUUAUUUCCUUGCAGGUUUGCCUUGUGAAUGAUCCCAGACCACAGAAUGCCUUUGGAAAAUUGUACACUGUGCAAUACCUGGGAAAUAUGGUGGAAGGACGGAAAACCACAUACAAUAACCAGCCUAUUGAAACUCUAAAAAAGAUGGCUGCUUUGUCAAUUAAAGAUGGAGAGGUAAGUCCUACCCCAAAACCAUCAAAGCUUGCAGCAUGGGGAAAUACAUUUGUAGAGUCAAGUCUAUUUAGGAGUCAGUCUGUCACGUGUUACAGAUAUUCCAUACAUUGUGCUGGUGGAACUGCUAGAAAAUGUAUCUAUUAAGAGAACUGCAUUUGAAGCUGGCUUAUUGGUCUGUAGGAUGCACAUCCAACUACAUGUAUGUCACAGGUCUGAAAUGGAUUUCCUCUGUCUCUGUCCACCUGUUGAGUGUAAUUAUAGUUACAAUUUGACAGUUUGUAGAUUAAAACGGCACUAUAAACCCUCCCUCCUCCUCCAUUUAAAAAUGAGUAUUCCUUAAAGAUAGUAUUUCUACUCUGCCUGAUUUACUUAGACUCGUGUCAAUCCCUGAAGCUGUCAUCAGUGACUGCUGUGGGAAUUGGCUGUGUCUGCAGAGGGUCUCGCGCAAUCCCCCGUAGACCUCAAUGCUGUACUCUCGCUCAUGCACAAAAGUACAGCAGUGAUGUCAGCGCUGAAAAGGACCCUGCCAGAUCAAGAUGGCUGAGCCCUCGAGGGACAGUUUCAAGUAAUUAUACUCACUUUUACCUACCCCCACCUUGGCCACUGGACCACCAGCAUCAAUGUCACCGUUAGGGGACUUUGCAAAUUUGCCAGGGUCCCCAAGCGGUGACAGUGCCGCUUUAAAAUGUUCAUAUAUUGUGAAAAUAGUAAUUCAGUCUCUUGAGUGAUUCCUUUUUACUGCUUUAAAAGGAUAAAACCCACAUGCACAAGCAGAUAGACAGACUCCUCUAACAGCUUCAGUUUUGUUGGAAAUAUAUAUUUAUAUAUUUUGAUGACUAGCGUGUAAUUUUUGUAAUCAUUUGAGGAGGAAUCCUGAUGAACUCUGUCAGUGUUUAUGGCUAUGUUGCUUAGAUUGUCCUGGCACCAUCGCCCGUUUUGUUUUUUUAUUUUGUUUUUUUGCGUGCAUAAGGUUUACAGACAUGCAGGUAAUGCCACAAUAGCAGGUACCGACAACUUGUAUCUAACAUAUAUAUGGCAUAGGUUGAAUCAGCACAAUUUUUAAAUUAAAACAUUCAGGCUUAGCGAAAGGCAAAACUGUUGGUUUGACAUCAAGUUGGAAGACAGUAAUAUAAGCCAACAAUAGGAUUAAAUCUGCAGCGUUUAUACUAGCAUAUUAAUGAGGCAGCGGCAUGGAAACUUGCACUUUAGCAUCCAAAAACAGGCUUAGACUUUUCGGUAUGUCACAUAGUUAAGAAAGUAUGUUGCAAGAGCAAUGAUGCAUGCGUGUGUGCAAGUUUAAAUGAGUAGGCUUGAAGUAUGUAUAUUUGCGAUAUGUAUACCUUCGUGGGCCCCGUGCGAGCAUGCAUAUCUGCCUUUAAUGUAGGAACAGGUAGGUAUUAUCCCACUGUGUUUUGUCAGGGUGGGAGUGAAGGACAUGGGGGUAUAGGUUAUGGCUCGGUAAGGUAGGGGAGGCAAGCGUUAUGUAAGGGAGCACAUGCAUAACACCAUUGCCUGUUUUAAUGGUAAACCAUUUAGAAAGAGUUAAGCAUAAACCGGAGCUUUUUUUGCCACCAACUUGGAUAACAUUGAUUGGUUAAGAGUGUUAAAGGCUUGAUAGCCAAUAACUUUAGCCAAUGAGUGCAGUCCAAGUUGGAUGGGGGAACAAUGCCAAGUCACUCUAGGUAACACAGCCUUUUCAGUGAGGUGUUGUGGUUACAUUGCCUAGUGUGCCCUUUAAAAGACACUCUUCAAACAUAAAAUGAAUGAAUCAUUCAAUAAAUGACAGCAUGUCUUCGUGGAGCAGCCAGAGCUAGAUAAACAGGAUAUUCUAUGCGGGCGUAAGUUAUUUAGAAACCAGAUUGUAAUGAAAGCAGUGUCUAAUGCCUAGUCCUUAUGGGGUUAAGCAUAUGUCAAUUUCUCCAUAUAGUUGAGUUUAGAACCUUCAUCAAUUGCACUUAUUUUGUGCAUCAUAUGCAGUUGAUAUGACCGAGAAUGGUGUAUAAUACUGAGCUUAUAAACCAAACAAACCCAAGUUGUGUAUUUUCUAUGUCACUUGCCUGCAUGAUCCAACAGUGUAUGCGAAGGCAUUUUUCUUCAUGACAAAUUUCACUUUAAGGAUCUAAACUGUAUAAUCUCUACUAAUCCCCUUGUGUUUAGCAUUCUGGUUAAAUAUUGUCAUUCCCCAUGCUUGUUGUAAUCUGGUGAUAACAAAUGGUUUUGCUUUUGUAAUCAUUACAUCAUUAUUUCCGCUUGUGACUGUGUAAGUAAGCAAGCAGACCAGAGAUCGAAAUAAAGAAACAAAUCUGUGAUCAAUACGCCUAGUGAAGGGAUUUAAACUAUGCCUUGCAUUUGCCAUCAUGUUGCUCAAUGUCGAUAUCCAACGUGACUCAAUUCAUAGUAUCAAUAGAUUAUUUUCAUUACUUUGUUUACCUUUAACAUCCUUAAGCGGCACUGUAAACCCCCCUACAAAAUGAGUAUUUCAUAUCGAAGUAUAAAAAUUAAAUACUCACAUUGAAAUUUCAACCCAGUCGAAGGGACUACUUUUGUCUUAGUAUUUUUCCUGUGCUUUACAAUAAGGCAGAGCUACCUUUUGUUAAGUCCCCAGCAGUCACUAGUAGAAAAUGGGGGCGGGGGGGAGGCUUAGUCUGUGGAGUAUCACAAAGGACUCUCCAUAGUUCUCGGUGUUGUACACUCACACAAAUGCGAGAGUACAAAACUAAUGUGGGCACCUGGCAGCUGAAGAGGACAAGCAGGAAGAGCAUGCUGGUGGCGCAAGGGACAAGUUCAGGUAAGUAUGACCCACCUUUCCGUGCACCCCGUGGAAACCAGACAACCCAACAGCUGAGUCACUGCCUGGAAUCUUGGCAAUUUAUGCAAAGUACCCAGAUAGAGCCGCUUUAAAGAGAAACUCUAAGCACAAUGACGCUUAUAGCCUGCUGUACAGUUUAUGGUUUAAGGAGAACCAUCCCAGGCUUCAAGUCAAACUGUUUUUGAAUGGUUGGACACUUAACUUGGUGCCCACAGUACUUCUGCUCCUCUUAAAAGUGAAAGUUCUCAUUCUGCUUUAGCUGUAUCAGUUUUAUGUAACUUUUUAUUUCAUGCAUUCAUUGUCAGUUGACACUGUCAGACCGUGAAUGAAAUGUAAUAAUUCUGAAUGAGAAUGUUUGUUUACUUUAAUUAUAUUGACGAGACUAGAACCACUGUGGACAGGUAAGCAUCAGACUAUUCAAAAAAAAAUUUUGAACACAGUGUUUGCCUCUCUGUUUGCUUACUCUCUGAUGAUUUUUGUAGACAACUCUACACACCUGAAAACCAUAACAGGACACUUACAGUGAAAUACAGUGUAAAGUUUAUGGGGCAAAAAGGCUCUUUGUCUGUCUUCAUCCUUGCACUAUUGCUCAUUAGUACAAUGAUUUGACUUCAUACAGAGAAAGGGCUCUUAUAGUUGCUGUGAUAAAUUUUAAUUUGAGUCAUUCUUACUUUCUCCUCCAUCAUCUGUAUCCAUCCAGCUUGCUUAUGUGUGUUCCUGCAUGUCGUUUCUGUCUCUGAGCAAGCCCAAACAUCCACUCCUCACAUUUACGUUUGGCAGCUCAGGAGAAUGCUGUACUCAGCCCGUUCACAAAACUGUGUGUGACUGUCACAUUACACGGUCUGCUUUCAUGGUCAGCGUAUUCAGCCGUUUCACUAAUCCAAUAUGAUAACUGCAUACAUUGUAUAGGCUGCAUAUAUAACAUUCUUCUAUUCACAUCUUAUAAUACAUUACGAAUUAGAGAUUCUUCCAGCCUGGAGUGUCAGUGGAAUUAUUACUAUUGUUCCUUGUGCUCUUCUCUAGGAGACAAAACAAACUUUGUUUUUAGAUUGUUCUCAUAAUGUGUGCUGAUCAUCUGACAAUAAAAUUCAUAUCUCAUUAAACUGUCUGUGAUUUCAUACAUGUGCACGUUUCUGGAAUGCUUAAUAACAAUUUUUUUCCCAAUCUUGUAGGCGGUGUGGUUUGGCUGUGAUGUUGGUAAACAUUUCCAUGGAAAGCUAGGCAUCAACGAUAUGAAUAUGUAAGUAGGGGUAAUUGAAAGAGUUUGUUUUGUUAGCAUGUGAUAUGAUAGACCUUAACAUAUAUACAUUUAUUUUUACAAUUGUAUAAUGCUCUUCGUAAAGACCCUUGACAAACAUUAGUGAUAAUAUGCAAGCCAACAAUGAGAAUAAUAAAGAAUAAAUCAUGAAAAGCAUUUGUGAAUUUCUUUACUCCACUCCCCUUAUAAUUUAUGUUAAUUUGAGCAGGGGACGUCUGCACCUUCUGUUACUGCACGUCCAACUUGUCUUGUUGCAACUACUUGUUUGCUAGUCCACUUGUUGUACAGCGCUGCAGAAUUUGUUAGUGCUUUAUAAAUAAUAAUAAUUGUUGGGUUUGCAGGAGAUUAGAAAUUAUUGAGAGAUAAGGCCGGUUGAAUGUUACAAAUACGUCUGAAGCUGAUAAAUUUGUUUUUAUCCAGUACUAGAGGAUUUAGCAAGAGAUAGUGCUAAAUUGGGAAAAGGAGGUAAUUUCUCGUACAUUAGAAUUUACGGGCUUAAUUUUUUUUUUUUUGCCCUUUUUCAGUUUUGACCAUGAACUGGUGUUCGGCUUAUCUGUCAAGAACAUGAACAAAGCAGAGAGGCUCAUUUUUGGCGAUUCGCUAAUGACCCACGCCAUGGCGCUCACUGCAGUCACAGAGAAGGUAAAACUGAGAUUUUGUACAAAUGUAUUAAUAUUUUUAACACUGUUGCCUGCUACCCCAAAGUAAAAUGUAGUAUUCUAAACUCCACUAAUUAGUGUAUGACCUAAAAAUUACUCAAUUCAUGUCACUUACUUUCAGCUGCUUGUAUUCAAAAACACGUUGUUUAUAAUCUAGAACCCAGAUUUAUUUACACACAUUUAGAUUAAUGAAUUUGACUGUAAGGUCUAAGGUAAUCCGUAAAUAGUUCACAAACUAUAUUGAAGCCCAAUGUAUCUUCUUUUGGAUAUUUACUGCCUCUAAACUACCACUCUUGCAUCGGUAAUUAUAUUCAACAGUUUGUUUACCAUAGGUUUCUCUGUCAUGCGAAUCUUAUUCUUUUGUUACAGGUUUCUAAAUGUACUUCUUUUUAAAACCUGUCGGUAAAAAAAAAGUAAUAAUUUUGCCCCUCUAAGUAAAGCUUGAGGAACAAUAGAAAAUUUGCAAACUUGACCCAAUAAGCCCUGUAAAAAAAACAUGUGUCCAUCUAUACCAUAAAGGAUCACUAUAGAGUCAGGAACACAAACAUGUAUUCUGACCCUAUAGGGUUAAAACCACCAUCUAGCCCCCCUGGGUCCCUCAUGCCUCCAUAAAUAUAGCAAAAUCUUACUGUAUUCAAGCCUGAAGCUGUAACUCUGCAUGCUGUUUGCCCAAAAAAAAAACAGUCUGCUGACAUCAUCAGAAGUGGUAGUCUGAUCCAAUCACAAUGCUUCCCCAUAGGAUUGGUUGAGACUGACAAGGAGACAGAUCAGGGGCAGAGCCAGCAUGAUUCAAACACAGCCCUGGCCAAUCAGCAUCUCCUCAUAGAGAUGAAUUGAAUCAAUGUAUCACUAUGAGGAAAGUUCAGUGUCUGCAUGCAGAGGGAGGAGAUACUGAAUGUCUGGAUGCAUUUUAAGCAGCCAUGACCCAGGAAGGAUCUCUAACAGCCAUCCGAGGAGUGACCAGUGAAGUUAUCACUAGGCUGUAAUGUAAACACUGCAGUUUCUCUGAAAAGACAAUGUUUACAGCAAAAAGCCUGAAGGUGAUGAUUCUACUCACCAGAACAAAUUCAAUAAGCUGUAGUUGUUCUGGUGACUAUAGUGUCCCUUCAAUAUACUGCAUACAGAACAAAGAUAUUAGUCUUUUAUUUUAUAGACCUUCUCCUCACUCACCACUCAAGAUGGCACUGAACAUCUCUUGCAUGAAAGUGGGUCUGAAGCCACUUUUUUUGUCUCAUAGUCCCCCUUCGAUGGUAUUGCAUUGUUUUUUUUUCAAAGGCCAUUCACAAUUUUUCCAAUUUCUCUAGAGCACCAGUUCAGAUUUCUUUCUGUAGUCUUUUGUCCCUGUAUUACUUAGUUUGUUCAACUUCUUUUAUUCUUAUUAUAAUUCUGCCAAAAAUAAAUGGGGGUGAGGGGGUGUGUAACAUUUGAAUUUUCAAUCACAUUUAUCAUUUUAAAUGAUAUUACUGCUCACCCUGCUUUUCGACUAAUGUUUUUUGUCUGUACCUAAAUUCAAAGCUGAAUUUCUAUUAAAUUUAAAAAUUUAAAUGAAAAAUAUAAAUGCUUAUAUUUAAAAAAAAAAAAGAGUGCUAUGCCUUCUUUUCCUUUUUAUGUGAAGUGUCUCUGCAAUUUUGUGUAUGUACAUUUGAUGCGUUUUGUUGCAGCAGUAGCUGUAGCCACUUCUGUGCUUCUCUUGCGCCUGGUAGACCGGGAAAGUACCAAACACAAAUGGCAAAGGAACAGUCCCAUAGACAGACACUGUAUCUCACUGAAAAGAAAAUAAUUCUCUCUACACAAAUUCAGUUUUAACCCUUUCACCCCUCGAGAGGCUCCAAGAAAUAGCUUCACAUAGGGUGGAUUCAGCAUAUAACAUCACUAGUAAAAGGAGUGCUAUACUUUUAAACUCUGUUUUGAAUUGGUCCAGACAAUACAGAAUAAAAAGCUUAUUUGUCUCUUGAACCUGACUUAGUUUUUUUUUCUUUGUCUUUGUUGCUCUUACUAAUCCCAGUCCUGCGACCCUCAAUAUCUUUCUUUCUUUUUAUUUUUAAUUCUAAGCAGCUCAACUGCUCCAGCUGCCACCUCGGUAACUCCCUCCAGAGAGCCUUGUCUGGCACGCAGGCCCCUAUUUACUCAACAAUCUGUGAGCAACAAGAAAUUAUCCCUAAAAUCGUUUUACGAAAUACUGACCUAAUGAUUGUUUUGUACUGCCAAGGUCUUGGGAGUUUGGUUCAUUAAAUUCAAAUAAUGUUCUCUGACCUCCUGGUUUGGAUUUUUAUCCCCAUGAUAAUUUCAGAAUUUGUGGGUUUUUUUUGCUGAGGUUCUUAUCUGGAUUAAAUGAGGGAAAAAUGUAACAAUGAAAAGCUUGGAAUUUGCGUUGUCCCAUUAGGGUCAGUGACGGCCUUGAAACCCACAGCUGUAUUUGAGCGUUAUUGAAAUCUUGCCUGUUCUGUUGGUGUAGGAUUAACUUGUAAUUCUGCCUUUUUAGCUUGGAACAUUGCCUAAUAACAUCAAAGGCAGUUAAUUAGCAGCUGCAAAAACUUAAAGGGGACAAUUUAUCCUGUAACAUGUUCUUCCUGUCUUGGGGUCCUGUGUGGGUCAAUUUUCUAAGUACAGGCAGUUAGUGCCUUCUAAAAGUUACUGUGCAAACUAUGAAAUUCCUUGGAGUUCAGUAGCACAUAGAGUCUACAUUGUAUUUGUCUAAUUUACAUGUUAAAAUGUAAAUUAAAAUAUCUACUUAAAUUCUUCUGGCAUCGCAUAUCACACAUAUUACAGACUAAUGACGUCUUGAGUGGAAGUAUUGAUAAAUAUUACAAGCUAUUAACAGAGCAGGAGAUAAGAAAUUCUAAAUUAGACAGUAAUUUCAAUAAAGUGUAAAUAUUAGAUCUCACUUACAGGAAGUGUUUAUGAAGGCUGUGAAAGUCACAUGCAGAGAGGUGUGACAUACACAAUGUGAUUUAACUCCUAAAUGGCAGAGAAAUGAGCAGUGAGACUCCAGGGGCAUGAUCUAUACAUCAAAACUGCUUCAUUAAGCUAAAGUUUUUUGGUGACUAUAGUGUUCCUUUCAUGAUUUAAUUAAUAAAUACUUUUGUCCCGAUAAAUCUGUAUGUCCUUAUCUGGCAGUUGUGUUUGCCCUUCACCCCUCUACCCAAGAAUCCUAUAUAUCCUGAUAUGAAAUAUAGCAGACUUCUCAACUCUCCCGGACGUUCCGGGAGUCUCCCAUAUUUUAAUAGCGGCUCCCGGACGCCUGGGAGUUCUAUAUAAUAUCCCGGUAACCGACUUUUUUUUUUAUUUUUUAUUUUUUUUAAACUCUCUUACUAUAAAAAAAACAUUACCAGGAUAUUGCGCUGCGGCAGCUCCAUAAGGAAACCGCACGCACUAUCUAAUGAGGGUGCUCCUCCCCCUCGUGUUCUGCAUGGGAGCGUCGGGGGUCACAUGACGAACCGGUGCUCAGUCGAACAGCGCACUGCCAGAGAAAGGACACCCAACAGGUACCGGACUUCAAAAAGCCCCCUCCACUGCUAUGACGGGUAAAACAGCAGGGAGGGGGGCUCGAAUCUUUGUAUGCAGAGUGGGUGUUGUGGGAGGUUGAUGAUUACUGCUUGUGCAGGAGGGAGGCUCAUGGGAAGUAAGGAAGGGGGGGGAGAAUUGGGAGAACAUAUGAGGUUCUGGGAGAUAUUGGGGAAAGAUAUAUGAGUGGCUGGGAGAUAUUGGGGAAAGAUAUGAUUGGCUGGGAGAAUCGGGGGAACCUAUAAGGGGCUGGGAGAACUGGCGGGAAAUAUGAGGGGCUGGAGAUAUUAGGGAAAGAUAUGAGGGGAUUGGAGAUGUUGGGGAAGAUAUGAGGGAGUGGGAGAUAUUGGGGAAGGUAUGGGGGUAGGGAGAUAUUGGGGAAGGUAUGGGGGGUGGGAGAUAUUGGGGGAAGGUAUGAGGAGGUGGGAGAUAUUGGGGGAAGUUAUGAGGGGGUGGGAGAUUUUGGGGGAAGGUAUGAGGGGCUGGGAGAUAUUGGUGCCCUUAUCCCUCCCUCUACAGCAUCUAUCACCUCACUUUCUGCUCUUAUCCCUUACUACAGCCCAUAUUCCCUGACUACAGUCCGUACCCCACACUUCAGGCACUAUACCCCAAUUACAGCCCCUUCCCCGCAAUUGCAACGAGCCACUUCAGUCCGCAAGUCCCUUACUGCAUAUCUUAUCCUGCACUACAUUUCCUCACCCCGCUUCCAAAUUACAGCCCAUACCCUCCACUACAGCUUCUGUGCCCCACUACAUCCCGUAUCACCCACUACACCCCAGUACCAGUGCCCCUCCCGAGAUUGCGAGGAGGAGGGGAAGACAGUAGCUAAAAAGGAGUUUGCAUUUAGGGAUGUCUGAAUAUAGAAUGAUUUAUUUAGUUUUGAAAUGCAGGAUAUACUGAAUAACAAUUAUCAAUAUAAACAUUAUUGAUAAUAGGUUAUAGAUCUAAGACAGAGGACUGACUGAAAAAAGGAACUCUAUUUCUUUUAGAAAAAGUAAAAUUGCAAAUUACUUCAAUGUGUGGCUUUGUGUUCCUUUGAAUCAGCAGCAGAAACUGGGAUGUGCGAAAGGUUGAGCUUUGUGGAUUUAAAUAUUUUUUAUUUAUUUUUUUAAAGUGUUACUACUGCUAUGUAACCCACUUUACUACAUAAAUUUAUUUCUCAUGGAAUUCUUACAUUUGAUCUCUUUAUUGCCUGCUUAUCACAAUAAGAACUGAGUGAUUUCUGUCACAAGUGUGAGACACAAUCGCUAGAAGUGUAUUCACUGUAACUUCAGAGAAUGCCCUUAGUUGAUAUGCCGGAGAGCAGGAGAACCGUUUGUUGGAGGGUUCUUCUGCUUUCCUCUGUUAUUCAAUUCUUGGCAUACACGGCUACGAAGUGGGGUAACUAACUUUCAAAAUAGAUUGGUAGCACAAUGUAUAGAUAUCUGCUGUGUUUGUUUUAUGCUUUUUAUUAGAGCAUUUAUUAGUGUACUCAUAUCUGGUACAGUUUAUAAAUUUUGCUGUACAGAUGGUCUUCACACAUAACACGUUAUUCUGAAGAUCUUGAAAGUAACAUUUAUUCAGUAUUGUAAACUUUUUUUAAUUUUUAUUUUUACUUGUGAAAUAUCUUUCAUUUUAUACUUUAUUCAUUUGCAGGGUGAUCAAGAAGGAGAGUAUGAGAAAUGGCGAGUGGAAAAUUCCUGGGGAGAUGAUCGUGGUAAUAAAGGUAGGAUGAGAGAGUGCUUUUAAAAUGUCAGAUUCAACCAUUGGGUUUACGGCAACCAAAAAAUAUAAACCUCAUACAAAUCUACAAAUUUUAAGGGGAUCCGUCAAGGAUUCCAUAUGUACAUAAUAUUUCCAUGUUGUGACCGUGCAAAACUAGUCUUGCAUGUUGUUCCCCAUGUGAUUCUACAUACUACCCAGUUGAAAUCUUGUUUUUGAUAUGGAGGUGUUCAGUGGGACAAACGGUCCAUUUUGCAGCGUGGACCAGCUCAUUAUCCCACUGCUAGCUAUGUGCUAGUGUAUGUAUCACUGUGCAUAGGAACAACUACAUGCCAGCCAGUGUUGUGUAGUGUGUGGGUAUGCCAGCUGUUUAAAUCUGCCUCAUAAAGAAUAACAAUGAUCUGAAAUAUGUUCUGAUGUCCUUGUAUUUGCUUUUAAUCUUUGCCUGUAAUGUUCUAUUUCUCUCUUUUAUGAAAAGCAUUGAUCAUUUCUUUCCUGACCUCUAUGAAACAGUUUGAACCAAAACUCUUUUUUCUUCCAUUAAAUACAUGAACCAUCUUAUUGCUCUCAUUGGUUAGACUGUAGCUUGAUAUGGUACUUUACCCUAAGUCCGUUAGUAGAACACGCUUUAAUGAUACUUUACAGAUUGCAGGUCCCUUGUUGGCAACUUGUGUAUAUUCUUGGUGUGAUGCUGAAAUGCCAUGAUUUGAUUAAACAAGGGAUGUAUGUUUCCUUUUACAAGACCUAUUAGACUCCCGUUACACAGUUCACAAGGGUUUGCCUUCUUGUGGAUUAUCUAAGUGUAAAUAUAGGAUGGGUAUCUUUAUCGUUUAAUAUAGCAUGAAUUGAGGCUGAUGUUAAUCUACUGUCCUAUGUAAGUUUAUAUAGCUAUGUAACAUGAUGCGUUUGACAUUUAAGCUGGUUAGUGCUUUUGACUGCAGCAUAUGUGGAGCUGGGGGGAUAUUUUCAUUUACAGAGAAGCUCUUGCUGUGCUUUGCUAGUGCAGAUGCUUGCUAUUCGGAGAGGUAGAAUGUGCAGGGCAGUGUGGGAAUUGAAAUUGUAAGAUCUCUUGUUCUGAUUUUUAUUCUUAGGAUACAUUUCAAUCAUCACCAAGUUCCCCCCAAAAUCUCAGCAUUCACAAGCUCUCCCUUUAAUUGCCGGUUGUUAUUAGAUUCUGUCUAGUGUAGACCUUGGCAAAGCUCCAGGAAGAUUAGGGUCACAAGGCUUCAGAGCUAAUGAUUCAUUUUUUUUUCUUUUAAGCAUACAUACAUAAAAAAAAAAAAAAUAGUAUUACUUUUUACUUUUUUAGUGUGCUCUAUGGUUUUGCCAGAUCCUGUAUUUUAAAACAUGUGCUCAUGGUUAGAUGGUCCUGCCAAGAAGAGUUUGUUUUUACCUACACAUGUAUAAUUUAACCUUUUAAGUGCCAGAAAAAUACAGAACACUGCCACCUCUCCUCUAUUCUGGUGGUGCAGAGAUUAGUUUUACAUAUUUAUAUGGACAUCACUGCGGCGUGGGAUCUGCGUGUUAGUGGGAUUCUGCUAGUUGGAAUAUGCACCAAUUAUUAGCAGGGCCCCAAACAGCUGCCCACAAUAGAUUGUUUACUGCAGCAGCAAUGUAUUCCCCAGUGCAGGGGAGAGCCCUUUUGACACUGGGAAAAUCUAGAAUCUAAUGACGUUAUUAUUCAGAAUUUUAUUUUACUCUUUUUUUUUUUUUUUUUUUAUUAUUAUUACAAUUGAAUGUCCAUAACCUAAUUUGCCAAUUGAAUAAUGGGUUUUAAAGCUAAAGCAGCAAUGUUCAUAAUUUGGUUACUGACCAAGAAAAAAAAUGCAGAAAGACACAUUUUUAUAGAAAUGGCCUCUCUUUAAGGUAAAUCAUGUUUUUGAUUUUUCCUGCUAAAAGUUUAUUGCCAAAUAAAAUUUUGUAAUUUCAACAUAUACAUAGUAUAUAUUAAUAUAUGUUAAUGUUUAGUUAUUCCAAAUAUUAAUAUUUUUCUUUUUCCACCUGGAAAUAGAAGGUUAUCAGCUCACAUAAAUAUUAUUCAAAUAGCCUAUAUAUUAUUACAUAGGCUAUUCAACAACAACCUUCAACAAAAAUGAUAAAAACCAAGAGGAAGAGCUAUUUUAAGAAAAGGGAAACUGAAAUGUUUAUUUUUAAUGUGGUUAAUUCAUCCACAAAAUGUGCGGAAGAAAAAGGAAAUUGCAACAGUGAGCGCUAUGGCUCGGUCACAGGACCAGGAUACAAGGGCCCUCUUGAGUCGAGAUUAGCGGUCACUUGAUGGGUGGCUUGAAAGUAGAGUAAAGGGCAAAUGUUUAUAUAUUUAAAAAAAAAUUAAAUCCCAACCUUCCCAUUGACUUCUGUUAGUUAUGAAACUGGUAUUACAUGAAUUCGUACAUCAGCAUUACUACACAUGGGGAGCCAGUUUGUACACCGGGAUUUCCAUAUGCCCCUCUUCUGUUUUUAACUUUAUUUUUCUAGACGGAAUGGAAUUCCUUCACUACAUAAACAACUGGAGGGCUGGGUUUUAUGGGGUAGUUUUAGGCUCCAUUGAAAAGAAUGAGCGCCCUAGUGAGCUAAGUCACUUCAUGAUUGUCGCAUUGUCCUCUUCCUGGUGUGUGCAGAGAUCUCUGCAAACACUGGAAAUCCAGCAAAUGUAGAAACGGACGAUCAAAGCAACACAUGCCUCGUGCAAUUUAUUUGUCUAUUUGCUCUUAAACCCCAUCCAUUCUACACUUCCCUCUCAACCUGCAGUGUUUACCUUUAGUCUCCAGUAAUAUCACUGUGCAUGAAGUAAGCAGUACACUGCUUUCUGUAAUAGAAGGCUGUAUCUUGAGCUGUAACACCCAGAAACUCCUGCUGGCACUAUAAAGCAUAACUUAUGGGAUUUAGCUCAGCAAUGCCAUAGACAUUUAAGUGAGUGUUAUGAUUGGCUUAAUCACCUUAUUUGGCAAAAAUUACAUCAUAAACUGCAACCAAUGCAGGAACAUUAAAGAUAAGAAUUUGUAAUUGUUUUUAGUGUAUUAUCUAUACAUUAUAUAGAUAAUAUACAUAUAUACAUUGUAUAGAUGUUCCUUCAAAUGUAUAUUUUUAUUUGAAAAUAUUUUUUUAUUUUAUAUAUAUAUACACACAUAUUAAAUGUUAUUUUAAAAUAGCAUAUUUUAUUUAAUUUUUUAUGUAUUUGCAAUAGUCUCUUUUUUUUUUUCUCGUAUGACUGUCUUUUUUUUUAUUAGUAUUUUUUAAUGAGGGGAAAAUUGUGACCAUAGAGUGUGAGUUAUGGAAGAACCUUGGGCAAGAGAGGAAGCAUUUACAUAGGCAAUACACCUUUUCUUUUACAUCAUGUAUGCUGUAUUUAGUUUCGAGUAACUGGUCUGUUGGCAGUGUAAGUGCAGUUUUCGGUGUGCUGUUUACUUCACCAGGGCUUCCAACCCAGGAGAAACACACAUUGUUAUGAAAAUAAUAAAGUUCACCAGGAAUUUUGGGUGGUAUUCCAAAAGGAAACGGAGAGGGCAAGAAAGCACGCAGUACAAUGGUAGGCAUUUUGCCUAUCUCAGGAAUAUAUCUCUUUUGAUUAUGAAUGACAUGAAGAAAAAAAAUGUGUUUUCUUUCUCUGUAAUUGGAGAGACAUGUUGCGUUAAAUCAUUCUGACUUUGGUCUCGUUGGAAAUUGAAGUUUUGCUUUGUUCCCUUGAAGAUCCAGACUGCACAUUUUGUGGCAAUUCUACAACACACACUAUGUAAAUUAUUAUCCCUAGUGUGAGACUUAAAAGGCGCAGAUGUCUUCCUGGCAUAUAUAGCAUGUCCGCCUGUUUAUUGCUGUUAAGCAUGUGGUUUAUAGCUUCGAGUCCAAAGCUAUGCAUGCAUUGAUAGUGUAUAUAUAAAAUAAUAUUAUUAUAACAUGAUAAGUCUUCCUACAAAAAAAGCCAAUAACUUAAAAGAACUGUGAUUGUAAAAAAAAAAAAACAAAGCUCCAUCUAACUUUAUGCUUUUUGUGUUUUCUCCAGGGUACCUCCUGAUGACAGAUGAGUGGUUCUCUGAAUAUGUCUAUGAGGUAGUGGUGGACAAGAAGCACAUUCCUGAAGAAGUGUUGGAGAUUCUGAAGCAGGAACCUAUUGUCCUACCAGCCUGGGACCCAAUGGGGGCUUUAGCUUAGUGAACAAAUGACACCAUUCUUUCCUACUGCCCCUCCACCUUUUAGACUAAAUUGUCCUCUUCCUGUCACAUUGAAGCUCUGGAAUAAUACAGAAUGCCUGCAUGUUUUUACACAAGAAAACAAUGGGAUGGUCAGAUGGACACACCAAUACCUCUCCUCGUCAGAACUACAACUCGGAGAGGGUCCUCCUACUUUUUUUUUCAUAUAUUAUUAUUAUUAUUAAAUGUUUUCCUUGUCUUUUUCAAAAAAGAGAUAAUGUAUUCUGUUAAUUGUUCUUACUUUGCCCUGCUUGCUUUUUUGGCAUAUGAACUGUAGUAGUUAUCUGUUUAUCAUUUGUUCCUUUUCUUCCUAUUGUUCUGGAGAGUUUAAAUGACCAGUGGACACUGGGGCAUGUUCAAAUUCCUGGAGCAAAAUUAUCUUUGUAGUUUGUAUUUUUUUUUUACCUUCAAUAGUUAACUACCAAGUCUACAACUGCCACAGGUUUGGUCCAUGAUACUCAACUAGCCAAAAAAAAUAGAUAAUGUAACAUUGAAGUUGCAACUCAAGAAAGCAGUAGUGCAGGAGAUUACUGACACAUGGUCUUCACUCCAAAAGGUUUAUUUUAAAGGCCAAAAGAACCACUGUGGGUAAGGAAUACAUUCAAAAGCAGGGCUCAAAAUUUCCACCUACCACUAGCUACUAGCGAAAAGAGACUGACUCCUGGUGGAUAUACUAUGACUUGCAGUGGCCAGUAACUUUUAAGACCUAGCUAGAAGCAUAGUUAUUCAAAUAAUCCCUGUUAUGUAUAUCAUCGCUAAAAUAUGAAAAAUCAAAGUGCGGUACUAAUCUACCCUUUAGUCAAACAUGCCAGCUAUGUUUUCCUACUUAAAUAAUCAUGUGAGAGAAUAGGUGACUCCUUGAACAGAUUAUAUGUCAUUACAAUUUAUCUGCAAGUUCACCUGGAUAUAUUGCAUAUUGGAACUAUUGUACUGCUGCUAGCUUAUAAUUUUAUGUCUUAGAUUCUUUUUGCUGUGCUGAUUCAGUGUUUCAUUGUACAUUUCUGGAUCGCACUUUUAUUCUUCCAUGAUCCAUUGCACCUCUUUUGCUGAAGUGCAUAGGUUCCCCUCUCUUACUGGUAUAAUCAGGGCAUUUUAUAGACUUACAAUGGAAUCAUGUGUUUUUACAUGCCUCUUAUGAAUUAUUUUAGUGUUAAAGUGCCCUUCGUAUUAGACUUUUUCUUUGCACCUUAUUUUAGAAGGUCAGAGACCUCACGUGAGCAUUAAAAGAACACUAUACUCACCAAAACAACUUUAGCUUAAUGAGGCAGUAUUGGUGUAUAGAUCAGGCCCCCGCAAUUUCACUGCUCAAUUCAAUGCUAUUUAUGAGUUAAAUCACUUUUGUUUCUGUUUAUGCAGCCAUAGCCACACCUCCCUUGGCUGCGACUGACACAGCCUGCAUGAAAAAAAAGUAAAUUAGAUGUAACUUACAUUAAAAGUUAUCUCCUGUAAAUUGUACUUUAAUUACAUACAGGUACUCCUGCAGGAUUUAGCAAGCUAUUAACAGAGCUGAAGAUAAGAAAUCCUAAAUUAAACAGAAUUUGCAAUAAAGGAAGUAUAAACAUUAGAGGACUCUUUACAGAAAGUGUGUAGUAAGGCUGGAUAAGUCACAGGGAGGCUUGACUAGGGCUGCAUAAAUAAAGUGUUUUAACUCCUAAAUGGCAGAGAAUGGAGCAGUGAGACUGCAGUUACAUUAUCUGUACAUCAAAACAGCUUUAUUAAGCUAAUGUGACUAUGACUAUAGUGUCCUUUUAAUGAAGGUCGAAUGAAACAAAGUUAACCUUUAGUAUUUUUUUUUUUUUUUUAUUCCAAAAUGAUCUGCUCCACAUCUGAGAUUAAAAUGUAUGAAGUGAUAAUUAGAUGAAAACAUACCGACCAAAAAUCCUUUUUCUAAUUUGGUGCUCUACUUCAGUGCCUAUGCUUCCAAAGAUCACAGCAUUAUAUCAUUGUUAAUUGUUCUUUUGGCUGAGCAAGACUAUUAUGGCCCAUGCAAGUGAGCGUUCACAGUGCUUGCACAUCGACAACCCAGCAUGGUUGGCGGACCUGUAUCUCUGCCCGUAAAUAGCAUUAUUGGAACCCUUCCAGUCUCUAGGUCUGCCAGCUCCUGCUCCAGUUUUAUAAUGUUGAGAGAAAUUUAAAAAUUUUAAUGAAUUGGAGAACCCUGUGAAAUUACAGUAGAAUUGUAAUAUCCAAGCCACUCCAAGCAUCCAUCGCUUAUUAUUAUAAUUUUUUAUGAUUUCUAUCUAAAUGGUGCUUUUGAGAUUUUUAAUAAAAAAAAUCAUUCAUUCACAAUGGAUUAUUUGUGUUUUUUUAUAUUGUACUGGUAUAUGAAUGACAUUUUCUUGAAUAAAUAAAAUGUUUGAUUGGUG